UGUUGCCUCAUUACACAGCUGAAGAAACCACCGUGAAACAGAGAUCUGAGCAGGUCAGAGUCAACUAUGUAAAUGGUUGUUUAUUUCUGGAUCUUUCCUAAUAGGUUUUAUUGGAUUUGCUGGUUUUGUAACUGGAUUUGUAAUGGCUUUUAGUCAAACACAAUAAAUGAUUCAUUGAAAAAGAACUAUGGAACCAACCCUAACCCCUCUUACUAGGUGGAACCCCUGUUGAGUUCAGUCGGACUUGCUUCUGAAGAAACAUAGCUGAAAUUGUGCUGUAAGUUAUUCUAGUUUACCUCUCUAUCCCUACUCAAAGCCAGUUUGAAUUUUAAAAUGUAUUGCACUGCUUCCAGAAGACACAGAUGUCCAGACUUUAACAGGCCUCUAGGCAGACAGAGCUCUACAUCUGAAGGGCAGCCACCAAAAAAACCCCCUCAUUGUGCCCAGACCUGAUUUGGAGCACAGGUGAUGUAUCUGAACUCAAAGGGGAAUGCUUCUUAAAGGCCACGGUGGAGCAUUAGGCUGAAGAUAUGGCACAAACUGUUUAUUAUUAUUUAUGCCAUUGUGGAUAGCCACUGGCUCCUUGAACUGAGCUUGCCAAAUAACAAGCUGACGGAGCAGACACUGGAUCCCUAACAGCAGCCUCUUUCCCAUUUUAGAAUAAUAAUAACAAUUAUAAUUUAUUAUUUAUACCCUGCCCAUCUGGCUGGGUUUUCCCAACCACUCUGGGCUGCUCCCAACAGAAUAUUGAAAACACGAUAAAACAUCAAACAUUAAAAACUUCCCUAAACAGGGCUGCCUUCAGAUGUCUUCUAAAAGUUAUUUCCUUGACAUCUGAUGGGAGAGCAUUCCACAGGGUGGGCGCCACCACCGAGGAGGCCCUCUACCUGGUUCCUUGUAGCUUCACUUCUCGCAGUGAGGGAACCAUCAGAAGGCCCUCAGAGAUGGACCUCAAAGUCCAGGGUGGAUGAGGGGAGUGGAGACGCUCUUUUGGGUAUAAUAAUAGUAGUAGUAGUAGUAAUAAUAAUGAUAAUAAUAAUAAUAAUAAUAAUAAUAAUAAUAUUUUUUAAUUUAUACACCACCCUCCCCAGCCAAGACAAACAAGCAAUAAUAAAAACAAGUUGAAUGAAUACAACUUAAAAACAAGAUUAAAAUACAACAUUAAAAUAUUGAAACAUAAAAAUAUUAAAAUGUAGCCUCAUCACAGGAGGAGAAAGGGAAAAGAAAAAAGAAAGAGGGGGAGGGAAUCAAAUUGGCUCCAAGCCAAAGGCCAGGCAGAACCACUCUGUCUUACAGGCCCUGCAGAAAGAGAUCAGAUCCUGCAGGGCCCUGGUCUCAUGAGGCAGAGCGUUCCACCAGGCUGGAGCCAGAGUUGAAAAGGCCCUGGCUCUGGUUGAAGCUAAUCUAACUUCCUUAGGGCCUGGGACCACUAGGGUGUUGUUAUUUAUGGACCUUGAGGCUCUCUGUGGGGCAUACCGGGAGAGGCGGUCCCGUAGGUACGAGGGUCCUAGGCCGUGAAGGGCUUGAAAGGUCAAAAGCAGCACCUUAAAUCUGACCCUGUACUCCACCGGGAGCCAGUGCAGCUGGAAAAGCACUGGGUGAAUAUGCUCCCAUGGCAGAGACCCCGUGAGGAGCCUCGCUGCAGCAUUCUGGGCCAAACUUAUUCAGGGACAUCCCUAUUGAGGCCAUGCUUUCCAUGAAGUCCUGAGCGGUUCCUUGUAAGGUUGUGUUGGCAUGCAUGUUAAAAUCCCCUAGGACAACCAAACUAGGUGUCUCCAGGAGAACAUCCACCACGACCAAAAGCAGCUCAGGCAGGGUGCAGCGGGGAGGUCGGUACACCAAAAGGAAUCCUGUACUGCCCCUAUUGCCCAACUUCCAGAACAUGCACUCAGAGAACUGGGUCUUCCCAUUAGGACGCCUGGUGCAAACUAAUGACUGCAUCCCCCCCUCCCCCCUGCAUCCCCCCUCACCACCCACAUGACCUGGGUUGCUGUGCAUAGGAGAAACCUGGUGGACAAGCAGUAGCAAGAACAGGACCAUGCACCUCGUCCAACCAAGUCUCUGUUAUACAUGCCAGGUCAAGUCCUCCAUCCACGAUCAUGGAUGGCAGUGGUCUUAUGAAUCAUUGACCUAGUAUUGCACAGCAGCACCUUACGGUUAUGUGGGUCUCCCUUGUUGAUUCCAGUAUCCUUCCAGUCAAGACCAGAAACCAAGGCAGGGAUAGUCUUCAAACAAUGACUAAACCUGCCCAACUUUCAGAACAUGCACUCAGAAAACUGGGUCUUCCCAUUAGGACACCUGGCGCAAGCUAAUGUCUUCCUAAAAAUCACUGCAUUCCCCCACCUCCUCACCCACCUGACCUGGGUUGCUGUGCAUAAGAAAAACCUGGUGGACAAGCAGCGACAAGAAGCAGCCCAUCUGCCUGUUCCAACCAAGUCUCUAUUACACAUGCCAGGUCAAGUCCUCCAUCCACGAUCAAGUAGUGGAUGACAGCCUUCUUGUGAAUCAUUGACCUGGCAUUGCACAAGAGCACCUUACGGUCAUGUGGGUCUCCCUUGUUGAUUCCAGUAUCCUUCCGGUCAAGACCAGAAACCGAGGCAGGGAUAGUCUUCAAACAAUGACUAAACCUGCCUCCAUGGAAAUGACAUGGUCUGGUCUUAGCGUAACUCCUCCGCCUACCCGUGAUCACUGAGAUGGGAUGUCCCCUGUGGAAACUGCCCAAGCCAUUCUGUUGGCUGGGGCCCACUCCCAAGCAGCCCUGACCCUCUCCCCUUCAGAACAAAAUACAAACUAUACAAUAAACCAGUAAGACCAGGGGUCAGCAACCCCAUGGCUCACAAACAGCCCAUAGGGGUUGUUUAACUGGACCACGAGCCGCCUGCUUGGCGAGUCCCAUGCACUGCGCUAAACCAGUGAGGUGAGGGGACUCAAUUCUGCAGCACCGGAAAUCAUGUCUGCGUAGACAAAGAUGUUGGAAAUUGCAUGCGCGCGAUCCGGCCCAUGGAGGGAUCUCUGCUGGAGUGAACCAGCCCAGGUGAGGUAAACCUUGCCGACCCGAGUAAGACAGUAGAAACUAAUUUUUAAAAAAACCAUUUAUACUAAAAUAAACUAAUCCCCAGCCCCAACUAAACGUUUAUCCCAUCCCCAACAGAGUAAAAAAGCAACAACAACAAAACAUUUAAAAUGCCACAGAUUAAAAACUAUUUUAAAAGAUUUUAAAGCAUUUUUGACAUUUGCCCCAACCGGAGUUUGUUCCAGUGAGUCUGGACUCACAGCAGGGCAAUGUCCCUCCGUCCUCCCAGGAGUCUCUUAUGUUGUGCAGGGUGAGUCUGGUCCCUGUCCCGUAGGCCAGGUGGAAAGGGCCUUGCAGGGAACAGGUCUUCCUUCCAACAUUCAUGGCAGCAGCGGUGUCCCAGUGGGCUGAAGCUCCGAAGUCUCCACACGGUCAGGAAAGGCAACACUACGUAUAGCACAUUUUUAGUUAGGCUAGCCUUGAAGCUCUGAAGUCAUGAAUGACAUUCAGUAGAUCUGCACUUGUCAGACCAAGUCACAGCUUCUUCAGCAAGAGGGCCUGGUGGAAAGCACCACCACAGAUACCUGGAUAUUCCAGUGAUGGAUCCAUGAUCACUCCGGGACAAAGAGUCUAAGAGACUAAAAUGGGCCAUAUUCUAUCAGAAUUGGAGGUCAGGGCCCUUUCAAGUCACAACGCCUGCCAAUAUAAUUACUUUAGUCUUGUCUGGAUUUAGUUAUGAUUGGCCUGUCUUUCUCUAAUCCCCAAAAUAAAGUUAGGUAAGUUACAAGGUAGUACAGUACUCCUUUUGUGAAGACCAAGACACAAUCGGAUUCUUUUCAGGAUUAUCCUGUUGAACCUCUGUGGAACAGGCUCUGUGACAAAGGAAAAUGAGUACUAAGGACACUUCUAUUACCUUUGUAUUGUACAUAUUGAGGGAGAGAAUCCUUUUUUUUUAAAAAUGUACAACCCUAGUUUGAUUCAGCCAUUUGAAUUUUAUAUUCAAGGCAAAUCAAGGAUGCAAGCUUCUUAAAGCAGACACCAAGGUGUAUUAAGAGAAUUUCUAAGAGCAGGAGCAUCUCCACACUGCAGGAAGUCAGCCAUGCAGACAGAGAUUACACAGUGGUUUGACUGCAUGGACCGCCAUAAACUGAAGUGCAUCACACAUCUGAGCUACCAAGAUUAGAACUGCAGCCAACAAUGUAAGGCUGUUGUCCCUCAAAAUAUUUUAGAAGAGCUACAGUCCACACAGCUCUCUGCACAUAGGCCAGAACAUUCGGCCCUCCAAAUGUUGCUGAACUACAAUUCCCAGCAGCCCUAGUAAGCAUGGCCAAUGGCCAGGGAAGAUGGGAGUUGUAGUACAGCAACAUCUGGAGGGCCAAAGGUUCCCCACACAUUGCAUAGGUCUACUGAUAUGGCCAACGGGGCAUCUGAAAGUUUCUCAGACAAUCUGAAGAAAUGGGAGCAAGAAACUGAAUUGCUCUUAUCCAACGAAGCCAUAUAGAUGUGUUACAUGGAAUACAAACUUUUUUUACUAAGUCUGCUGUCUGUCUGUGCUGUCAAUACUGAGCCAUAGCCAUCUCAUAGGUUUCUUAGGUUUUUCUUGGGAGAAGAGCCAUAGCUCCAUUUCUAGGUUUGUGAAAAACACAUGUUGGGGAUCUACACUGCAGCUCAAGCUUGCCCAGUGCAGAUUCACAUGCUGGUAAUGGUUUUAUACCUGAUCAUCCAUACAAAAUUACUGCAACGUUGUAAGUGAACUGAAUGUUUGCAUAGCAAUCAGAAAUCCCAUGCAAAAAAUACCAUCCCUUGUUAGCUGUGAUCUUCUCAUUGACAAUUUUUAAAUAGAAAUAUAGACUCCUGAAAUAAUAGCGAUGUAAAAGCUAAUAAAAUUAAAAUCUCAUAGAGAAGUGCCUAUUAUAACUCUAUACACAACCAACUUAAACACAAUCAUAUUUUUGUGCUUGGCAGAAUAGACAAAGGCAGAUGCAGGAAAAUCAUAGUACAUCAAGGAAAACCAGCUGAAUGAACAUGUGGCAGCUACAUCUAUGCUUUCAAUGCUGAAUUCUAACACUUUUUGUGAUUUUCUUGUAAGUUUUUCACCUCACUUCAAAGCAAUGCCAGUUGAAGUAAGCAAAUAUAAUGUUUAGAGUUGCACCCACACAAUUUCUCAAAAAUUCUUUUGAUAACAGGUGCUCCAAGUCAGCUGCAGUUCAGUACUAACCUGAGAUAAACUCAGCAUGGACAAGACUUGUAAACACUCCCUCACUUGAUUGCCUGUGGCAUCCAAGGAUCUCUGCCAGGUGACCAGGCAGGAAAACUCUAGAAAAGCUGGUUCUUUUAGGCAACAAAUCACUGAGUUAUGUGCAGACAGGCAAACUAGUAGAACAAAAAAAAUGUUGCAACCCUUUUGGGACUUGCUUGAAGGGUUCCAAUGAAGGCAAUUAGUUCUGAUUAUGCAUUGAAAAACACUUUGCAUAGCUUAAACAGAUUAUCCUAACUAAGUAGGCCAGCAGAUUUUUUUUAAACCCCUUUUUAGUAAAAGCGCUUUUGCAAACUGCAGAUACAGGGUUCUCCUCUGUGUGAGAGAAGGAAAACAGUACUUCUAAGUUUAUGCCUAGUGAGACACGUGUCUUUACAGAACUACUAGCUUCCUCAGAUGCCAACUUAUGCAGAUUUAAAUCAAUGAAUUAAUUACAACAGCCCUGCUAUUUGCAAGGCUGAUGCAGAGAAUCCCUGGAAACCAAAGAGUGCAAUUGAUCCUGACCAGCUAAAACAGAAGAUAUUUUGCUAAACAUGGUGGCAGAUGGAGAAAGAAACAGAUAUGCCGAGAUGGCGUUGAUUUUAAAAUGACUUGUGUUUGUUUUUAAUAAGAUGCUUCCAGUUCUCGGUACAACAGUUCAGUCAGAAAUAUAAACCCUCAUUGUCAUUAAGCCACAUUAUGCAUGGGAUCACUGCUGUUCUUUUACCAGGGCAAGAAAACAUGCUAGUCAAAAGCAAGCUGAGCAAGAAGCAUAGCAUGCACCAGGAGGAAUCCAAUCGCAACAGAUACACCCUGCAAAAUAGCAUAGUUUCUCCAGUCACUGCAGUAUUGGCGAUGAGGGUAGAAUCCAGUUCAGUGCUCAGCCUACAUCAAAACUGGUCACAAUCAGUACACUUAACAAAAGCAUCCCAGGUUAAAUUAAGACUUACUACUCCCCACCACAACAUGAGAAAUAACAGGGUGCCAAGAUGGCCCACUGGAGAACAGAUGCUCCCUCAUAUUCCCCUUUGGACAAAAAUAAUACUUUUUUUUAAGCAAUCAGGAAGGACCAGGAAACAGAACAGACCCACUGGAGAAGUAGCAAAUUCAUACAGGGCAUGUAUUUGCACAGCAGAACAGCACCUGCUCAGGAAGGGCAAAGAUGCAACUGUUAAUUGCAAGAAAAUGAAAUGUUCAGUGUCUCCUUCUGAGAAGAGGAGUUGUCGCAACUGGUGGUACAUCCAGACAAAAUCUGGGAGUUGACAAGGAUGUAAAAAUAGCUAUUUGUCAGUAUCAAGCCUCAGGAGGCUGUUUAGACAGGUCCAAUUGUUCUUUCCUAUUGCCUUUUUUUAAAAAAAAGAACACAGAAACAGAUUUAUUGGGGGAAGGGCUGGUGUUAUCCCUGCACAAAAAGAGUAGUAGAACUCUUAUAGGAGCAGCGUGUUAUUCAGCUAAAAACAAAGAUUCUCCAUCUCUGAACUUUCGCCAGCUCCUGUUUCAAUCUAAGAUGGAGUUUAAUUUUUUAAAAGAAGACGGGGCAAAGGCGGGGGGGGGGGAGAGAAUUAUGGACAGUGAGACAAUUUUUCAAAGCCAUUUAGGUUCCAACAUAAUACAUUAAAAAGAAUGUCAAUAAUCCGUCAUAAUUACGCAGUACAAACUGAGUCAUCAUAUAGACAUCAAUUAACGUACCAGGACUGUAAAAUACCCUUCAACAUAACUUUAUUCUUUAGUGUCAGGCCAAAGGGCUGACUGAAGCUGCUUCCCUAAUUCAUUAGGCAAUUAUAGCCCAAAGAACAAGGAUGACAUUAGUCUAAUAAAAUAUUUCAAUUGUCCCAGGAUAGAAGAAUCUUUGGAACUGUUCCUCUUCACUUGCAGUCUCUCAAAUCGGCAUAAGCCUGAUUCAAGUCAGCUACCUCUGCAGGAAGCAUUCAUCUCUCUAGGUUACGUGUUGUCUGAAAGUAAUAGGCUCUUUAUAAACCUCUAGCACCGACUAGAUUAGAUCCUGGACAGCUAUUCUCAAAAGAUAGCAACUAUGGACAAUCAAGUAGGUUAUUGAAGGGCAAGUAUUUUCAGAGAUUACCAAGACCCAAAUUUGUUGCAAAUUUGAACCUACUCUUAGAGAAACAGAGCAAGCCAGACUCCCUACCUCCUGACUUUUGUCCAAAAGCAUGGAAGUGGCCAUCAUGCCCUCUUAGGAGGAAAAGAAACAAUGUGAUAAGGAAUGCAAUCCCAUCCCCACCCCCAGUGAUAAUAUCCAUGGUGUGAGCACCUACCUGCUGGACUCCAGAAUAGGCAGAAACUAUAUUUAAGCAGGAUCAAUAUAUGAAAUCCCCCAUAUUCCAAUUAUAUGCCACUUUCCCAGAAUACAAGAGCCACAUUUCCUUAGUAAUCUCCAGUCUACCAGACAGUCUGUGUCCGGGCUCAAUCCCUUUCUGCAGGCAUGGUGCCAAAGAUCACAAGUAAUAUAAAACUUUUAAAAAGCAGGCUAAAACUUUAUGAAUGAAUCACCAAAGGGACAGCUUAGCCUGAAAAUUGCAAUGUUUUUCAUACCCACACAGACCCUGAUCACCUUGUGAAGAACAAAACCACCCAGAGAAGUUCCUUGUCUGUAAGGAGGUGCACACAGGGUACAGUUCAGUAUUAAAGACCUAGGCUUUAGAGACCUCCAAAGAAGCCAUUCUCAGCACCAUCAGUCCGGGACCCCUUGCUUCCUUUACUAGGAUUGGGUGUGGUGGAAUAUUUGGGUGGGUAACGAAUGAAGAGCCGGUCUUCUUCCUUCUUUAUCCAGCGCAGCAGCUUAGUCAGGACAUUGAUGGCACCAGCUUUGGUCACCAAAGGACUGAAGCAGGUAUACAGUUCAAACUUACUUGUGACCUAGAGAAGAGAGGAUGGGAGAAAAAAACAUUCAGCCCCAUUCAGUAAUGAGGCUGGGACCUCUCUGCAGGUGACCAUUAGACAACAGAUACAGCCAACAGAUACAGCCAAGCUGUAGAAUGGCUGGGAAACCAAAGCCUGCAGCUUUGUGCAAGAGAGGAACUUACUAUUCUGUAGCAGCGCCUUAUAGGUAGCAAGUUCCCUAAACUACCAGAUUUCACCAACCUUUGAGAACCUAUAAAAGUUCCCAGCCACCUCACUCAAGAGCUGGACUCUUAAUCCACUGAAGAGCAGAAAGCAUGUCUGUGAUCCUUAAAACUUUGUGAUGUUUGGUGCCGUCUCCAACACAGAUUAUCAACAGCUCAAAAAGCCAGCCAGUCACAAGUUUUCUGUGACUCACCUAAGCUGUUUACCCCAGCUACUCUAAUUUAUAGGACACUGAUAAGAAAAAGCAAACUAUUUGUGAGUACCUAAGGUAGGGGUAAGGAAUCUCUGCCUUCCCAUCAUUCCUGAUCAUUGACCAUGAGGGGUGUCAGGAGUUGAGUCCAACAAUAUCUGGGGGGCAUCAGGAAGAAAGGAUUAAAAUAAGGGUUUCUUUAAAUCCAUGAGGGGUUGGAUUUACAGGGGUGAAUCAAUGGUGAAGAGAAAUGCUGAGCACUCCUUUCCUCCCUCCCUCCUGCCUGCCAAGUGUUGACAUGAGGAAAGCAUGGACUUGGGAGUCCUGUAUUAUCCUCAUAACGGGUAGCUGCGCUCUUAGCUAGCGAUCACAAAGUCUCUUAGUUGAAGAAGCAGCCGCAGUGUCAUUCCUCACCCAAGCCAAGAGGGUUUCCUUUUCAGCUACAUGGUAGAUGAGACGCAGAGGGCGUGAGGUACUGUGGAUACGACUGUGAAGGUAGUGAUAGAGGUCAAAGAGUCGGUGCCGUUCAUUCUCACUGCAGUAAGGCCCCUCCAGUUCUGGGCUGUAAUUGGUUAAAAAAAACAUAUCAGGAAAUCAAAGAACUUUGAGUCCCUCUAUACCACUCUUCACUAUGGGUCAGGCUACUGAACUCAGGCGUAGUGAAGAAUGGGAGGGAUCUGUUCACCUCAACCACUGAGCAAGUUCUUCAGAGAUGGGAAAGGACAAAAAUAUAAUCCCAGAAAAAGCCUCUAAGAAAUGUCUGACAAUCAGAAAACGUUUAGGCUCCAAUAUGUUUUCCAGGCUCCAGGCAAGUGGAAGCUAUAGGAAAAGUGUCAGAACACCAGCAUGUUUUCAGCUUCCAACGUAUGGCUGCUCAGUCAUUGUGUUGUCUGCACCUGAUGCCAUACACAGGAGUUAACUUUAGGCACUGCACAGCAAGAUGUCACUUUUUAAUCAAUUCCAUGUCUUUCUGAAUUGGAUCCUGUGCAUAGCAGCACCCGAGAUACGCAUAUGGACAAGCAUACACCCUAGCCAUCUGUCAGCCUACAAUGUACUAAAGUGGUCAGUGGAAUACGCCCCUCAUAUCCUAGCACGUCUUUAGGGGAAGGAAGCUGCAAAAUGGGCACAUGUCAAAACAAGUUACAGUGGUACCUCGGGCUAUGAACUUAAUUCGUUCUGAAGGUCCGUUCUUAACCCAAAACCAUUCUUAAUCUGAGGCGCACUUUUGCUAAUGGGGCCUCCUGCUGCUGCCGCAUGAUUUCCGUUCUCAUCCUGGGGCAAAGUUCUCAACCCAAGGUACUACUUCCAGGUUAGCGGAGUUUGUAACCCAAAGUGUUUGUAACCAUAGGUACCACUGUACAUGUAAAACCCUUUCAGAUGCCAAUGGGGCUGUUUCUAGUUGCUUUUCCCCAAGGAAAUGUGGGUGCUUCUGACCAAUCAAGUAUUCCUUUGGCACUCCAGAUGCAUUAGCACUGAAUCAGUAGCACCUCCUGUCAAAAUGGCUUCCAGAUUUCUGUGUACCACUUACAAGACUUUGCCAGCUAGCAAGAAUCUCCUGAUGCCCACCCUCAGGUUCUCCCUUGCGGCCCAGUAGUUUCUACACAAGGAUUCUUUUUGAUGCGGGGGAUAAACUUCAUGACUUGCUCUAUUUAAAGCUGUAAUUCAAUAAGGCCAUCUUAGCCCUUCCCACAACCUCUGGCUGGGAGUCGGGGGGGGGGGGGGAGGAAGUCGAGGCAGGAGCUGUACCAUCUCUCUAGGUUUGCCUGCCCCCAAAGCUAAGUCUAGAUGCAUCAACAUAUCAAAUUUAACACACACACAAAUCAGUUCUGGGAUGGAGCUUCUUCUGGGAAUAGGAUUGUGCAGCAAGUUAACACUUGCCAGAAAAAGAGAGAGAGAGAGAGAGAGAGAGAGAGAGAGAGAGAGAGAGAGAGAGAGAAACUGCACUCUUCUGCUUUAUCACCCAAGUAUUGUUGCAUUACAGCAGGCUUCCUCAAACUUGACCCUCCAGCUGUUUUUGGCCUACCAUGAUCCCUAGCUAGCAGGAACAGUGGUCAGGGAUGAUGGGAAAUGUAGUCCCAAAAACAUCUGGAGGGCUGAGUUUGAGGAAGCCUGCAGUACAGGAUCAUACUACCCAUUAUACAACAGCAAAUCCACCACAAAAGCUCACUCAAAACAUUAAGUGUUUACAAACACAUUUGUAUUCAGAUUUAUGAAUGUCUGAAUGAGACAUUAAGGGGCACACCUAAAACCAUUACAUGUGUGAAGUCACACAGACACCAGGUGGGAUUUUUUUUGUGAGCGGAAGAAGAGAUGGCUGGGAGAUCACCUGCUCUUGAUGGGGUUACACUUCCUCUGAAGGAGCAGGUAUGUAGCUUGGGGUACUCCUGGAUCCUCUGCUGUCACUUGAGGCUCAGGUGGCCUCGGUGGCCCAGAGUGCCUUCAGCUCAUGGCCCAGCUCUGGACAGGGAUAGCCUAACUUCUAUUGUCUAUGCUCUGGUAACCUCUAGGUUGGAUUACUGCAAUGUAUUUGACAUAGGGCUGCCUCUGAAGACAGUUAAGAAGCUUCUGCUGGUGCAGAAUUUAGCGGCCAGGUUGCUCACUAGGACAAGAUGGUUUGAGAGUAUUACACCGAUCCUGGUCUGACUGCACUGGCUGCCAAUUAGUUUCCAGGCCCAAUUCGAAGUUCUGGUUUUGACCUAUAAAGCCUUAAGUGGCUCAGGACCGCAAUACCUCAAGGAUCACCUCUUCCCAUAUAAAACAUCCCUGACUCUGCAAUCAUCAUCUAAGGCCUUUCUCUAUAUGCCUCUUCCACGAGACAUCCGGAGGCUGUAGUGGCUCAUUUGUGGAAUGCUCUCCCCAGGGAGGUUCACCUGGUGCCUUCAUUAUAUAUUUUUAGGUGAAAACAUUUCUCUUCAACCAGGCCUGGCUGAUGAAUAUUCCACAGCCUUUUAAAUGUGUCUUUGGGAAGGGGGGGUAUUGUUUUGCUGUUUUGUUUUAAUUGUUUACUUGUUUUUAUCCUGGAUUUUAUUCUGCGUACCGCCCUGAGAUCUUAUGAUGAAGGCUGGUAUAUAGAUCUAAUAAAUAAUAAAAUAAUAAGAAGGUGAAAUGUGCUACUACAUUCACAUGAAGUGUCAGAUUGGAUCAUUCCCCAAACAAAUAAUAUUGCAAUAAGCAAAAUCAUUCACUUUCUUUAAUGGUCUACAGCCAAUGAAUUUCAAGCCCUACACAUUUGCUUCAUUUGCAAAUGUAUUGGUUUGUUUUUGUUUUUAUUAUGUAUUUUGUGUUUUUAUAUGUUUCUUUUAUGUUGUGAAUUGCCCUGAGAUCUACAGAUGAAGGGCGAUAUUCAAAUUUAAUAAAUAAAAUAAAUAAAAAUAAAUCUGGCAGGAAAAGAGAUAGGCAAGCAAUUAGCAUUACAGGACACAAUAGUUUUGUCCCUUAACAAGAGGACACUCCCCCUGUUUAAAAAAAAAACAAAACCCCAAAAAGUUUGGGUCCCAAAACCAAGAGAUUUUGUCUGUCUACCCAAAUUAAAUCUUGAGAUUUUCAGUACUCUUUUCCAGGACAGAUAUCAUGCAACACUGCACUGAAGCAAAACUGUAGAGCAUAAAAAUAAGCCAAAUCAUAUUUUCCAGAAACAUGUCAAUGACGGUCAAAACAUUAGGAGGCAAAAUGCUUCACUAACACCCCCACCACUAUGAGAAACGUUGAGAAUUCAGAGGGGACAGUAUCAAGUCACAAACAAAUUAAGCCAUCCCCUACUGCACUUCCAUCUCACUGCCCUCUUCAAAGAGCUCUCAUAGGGUUGAGAGCAUAUCUCAGACCACACAUGCCUCUAAUUACCUGGUGAACUGGGGAAGCUGCCGGUAGUUAUCAGGUAUAUCCAGAGGCUUGUACAUAAAGUGCCGGAGGUCUGGCACACCCACCAGCCCCACACUAUAGGAAGGGCUUCUCAGGCCGCUUGAGAGUGCCUGCAGGUAGUUCUGAGUCCUCAUGCCCUCCUCAAUGCGUUUCUUGCAGUCCGAGACAGAAUAGAAAGACUCCUUGUCCGUGGAGAGAAGAAUGAGGCAGACGGUACAUUCUGCAUCCAAGUAGGAAAUAUAAGCAUAAAAGUAACAAUCCGGGUUGAAGCGUGGCAAGCAAAUAGGCGUCCAAAUCUCCCCUGUUUGGAAUGCAGAGGUUGCCCCAAUGAGGUUGAGCAAUAGAUGCAAGUCAGUGGGUUCUAAACGGCAGUCUUCAAUCACUGUUUUCUCCUGCACUGUGGUGACCAGCUGACUCCGGGCCACCAGAAUGGAGAAGACCAGAUUGGGCGUGAUGGCCUUCUGGAGCAAAGUGCCCAGGGAAUCCCGCAGGGAGGCUUGGAGGGGCAGGCAGCGCACAGCACCAAGCAGGAAGCAAGGGUCCGACUCCACCAGGUUCAGCAGGCGGUUGAGGAUCUUCUCUGAGCCGGUCAGCAGGCGCCGGAGGUCAUAGUUCUUUUUCCGCUCAAAGAUGCGGGUGAUGCUGGCCUCUGUGAGCAUGCUGAUAAUCUGAUAGUAGACAUACAAAAGCUCCUGCCGCAACUGCUGCUCUGACUGUAAGGUGCGCGACACGGACACCAGCACCAGCGGGCCCUGCUGCACAAAAACCAGUUUGUGAUCAUCUGUGGUGGAAAGGAGAGAGCUAGUCAGAAGGUGCAGCAGACUGAGCUCUGCACAAAUAGGACAGAACCAGAUGUCAAUCAACCCUAGGGGGAAAGCAAGACUGAGUAAAGUGUGCAAUUCCAUGGAAAUGCAAAAAGCCCAUAUAAUGCAUUAUUGGGUAUAAAAUUAGCAUCCCUAGAGCAUACUUUUUUCAGAUACACAUUUCUUGCCCUUAUGGUUGCAAAGAUAUACUUGAAAGCGUUCUAGACAACAUCAGCUGAAUCUCAGCAGCGUAGCUGAACAAGAUCCCCAGCGGCCAGAGGCAGGAUUUUAAUGCCUUGUGUAGCUCCUUGUCUGUCUCCCAACCCCAUGAUGAGCAGAAGGAAAACACAUGCAAAUAGUCAAAGGGGUAGAAUUCACUAUGCCAAACAAGAAAUAACUGUAUUUGGGUAAUUUACGUAAUUUAUACAGGUUGAGGAAUUAAGUUUUUCCUGACAACAGAACUGAAGUAGAUCUAUUUAAGUCCAGGAUACACAGUGUUCUGACUAAUUAGAACCUUAUUUUUAUAUUGCUUUAUUUUUUUAAAAAUCAACUUUAUAUAGUCACUAUUUUUUUUAUUCCCCAUCAUAUUUAACUGAAUGAGAUUUCUUCCCCUAAGGGAUCACAGAGUGAGUUUGUUGGGCAGGAUAGGCUACUAAAUCUAAACAUGCAUAUGCCAUAUAUUAUGAUGGAGCACAAAAGACAGGGGUACACCAUCUCCCUCCCCACUCCUCCAGCUGAUGAUCACUCCAAACAACUCUUUUAAAAAGGCAGCCAGGCACAUAAACAGGCCCUUUCAAGUUUUUUAUUAUUAUUAUUAAAGAUUUUCUUGUUUUACAGAAGUAUGUGUAAUGUCUCUCGUAUUUUUUCCAUGUAACAUUUUUACAAAUCCGUUUCAUUUGUUGAGACAUUAGGAGGAGGGGGGGAAAAGGGGUGGGGGGGAAGAUGGGUGGGGGUGGGGUCAGGUGGCGAUGUUUCUAUUAUGCUUAAUGUAUGUAGGGUUUGGUGUCAGCGUUGCGUGUGCUGUUCACUUGUGUGCCUUUAGUGGUGAGAGGUUGGGGUUGGCCUAGGGUGUGGUUGUUUGUUUGUGAUUGGCUGUGGUGAUCUUUGUUUUCGUGUGUGAGUGGGGUGGGUGGGUGUUUUGGAUCAGGUUAGCCAUAUUGAUUUGUAUGCUGUUGGUGGAUUAUUGUCAUUGUCUUGUUGGGCUGUGUAUGUGAUAGAGGGGAGCCAUACCGGGGAAAAGGCAUCUUCUUCUGUUUGUCCCCGUGUCAGUUUCAGUUUAUUGGUUAAUUUUUCUAGUAGGGCAGGCCCUUUCAAGCUGUAGCCCUAGAUGUUCCACUAGGUCCUGUGUUAUAGUGCAAAGUUAUACAUGCCUUCUACUCAUAAGGAAGUCCCACUGAGGGCUUACUUCAGUGCUGAGUGAGCUUACAGUAGCAACCUUUGAUGCAAAUACAUGAAAUGUUGCAUGCCAGAGCAGGACACAUUCUGCACUUAAAAAAAAAAAAAAAAGGAGUAUUACUACUACUGAUCAUAAUAAAAAUAUGCACUAAGAAGAGAUAAAUUCAGCUGCCUGGACUAGCUAUGCAUAUUAAGUACCUUUGGAUUGUUUCCCCUAUUUUGCAGAAUUCAUUCUGCAAUUUUUACUAUUUUGCUUCUGCUAGGCAUGAAGAACAGCAUGGAGCAAAACAGAGAAGCAAGGUCCAGUCUCUGAACCCUGGGCUCCCCAGACAUCAUCAGACACUGUCUACAUGUUUCCAAGCAUCUCUACAACCACAAAGGUGAGAAAAAGAAUGAAAGGAAAUUCUUAGGAAGCUGGAUUUUGAAGCGAGAACAUUUGUGCUUCUCUGUGCUUGCAUGAAAUCACAACUACAUAGCUAUGCAGUCCACAUGACAGCUUUCUUCAUAUAAAAGAAAAUUACCAUGAUAAAAACCCCAACUCCCUCUAUUGCCCAAUAACUGAAAUUCUUUUACACAGCCUUUACUGUUAACUAUCAGUGGAAACACAAGAGACUCCAAGAUCGUUAGGCAUCAGUCAUGGUUCUGAGAGCCAGUCCAGUUUGAAAGAAACCAAUAAUUUUAAGCUGUAAUUUUAAACUGUAGCUAUAGGGAUAUGGCUUAAAUCUGGCUACAACCAUGCCCAAUAACUCCUAUACCAGAGCUUGAAUUAUGGGGGUAAAAGUAGAGGAUCCUUAACAAAAUCUACAAGCCCCAACUUCCAAUCACGAGUGAGUCCCAAAGCCUCAUAAAAACAAGUUGUUAAUUGUAAUUAAAACAAUGCCCCACUGCCAAUUUUUGCCAUACCAGAAUAAAUGGAACGGAUGGAAUUAUCCCCACUCUGGAUGAAUGAUACAAGUGCCAUCAUAACACCCAUGGUGGAGCUGAGGGCUUCUUCGUUGCCAUAGCGCGAGUAAAUGGGUUUGCCAGCUUCACUUAAAACAAAGACAUGUUUCCUGUGUGCCCGCCAACUGUCAGCUGUCACAUCCUCAUCCCGGUGUGUAGCCGGGCACAGCUGUGCCACUUCCUCCUCCCCAGGUGGCCCAUCGCCCAUCACCAUAGGUUGGUUAAACUCGCUGGAGUCCUCCAAAGUGUUAUCAGUUGAGGCUGAGUCAGACAGGUCCUUUUCACUUGAUUCCUCCUGCAUAUCCGCUUUGGCAUCUGCCUCAAUUAUGGGUCCAUUGACUGGUACAUCAGGUAGCUCCCCUUGCUCAUCCAAUGCAGAACAGGGCUCAUCCUCACCUGGAAAAAGUCACAGCACAAGUAAAGGAUUUCAGGAGUCCUAGCUUAUCCUCAUCUCCCUACUUGCACCAGCCUUUACCCUACUGAAAAGGCAGCUCAACUACUAAAAGUUGCAACACUUCAUGACGAACUUUGCAGCAAGCUUCAGCAUGUCUUUCAGCCACCCCAAAAUCCCUUACUUUCCUCGGUCAGAUGAUGAAGUCUCCCUCAUCUCCCUUUAUGCCCAUCAUUGGUUCCUAGCAGGGCUUCUUUUCAGCUGGAGCUCGCUGGAACUCUGUUCUGGCACCUCUCAGGUGGGUGCCAUUAGAAAAAUAGUAUUGGUUCCUAGAAGAGGAACCUAGCACUUCAAUGCUUUUUCUCCCCAACCAAACUUCACCACCACUUUAGCUGAGAGGGUAUUGGUUCCCACACAUAUCUUGCUAUCUGUAAUCUCAGCAAAGAAAAGGGAGAGGCCUAUGGUAAGCUCCUCUCUUUUUCUGUUUAUGUCACGAUAUAAAACACUACAGGCUUUGCCAGCUUGAUCUGGUUAGCAGCCACAUCAUCUAAAAGGUCCACUGUUAAUGAACAAAAUUCAGCCUCAGGUAGAAUAACUGAACCACAAUGGCAGAGACUUAAACCACUCACCUGUCUCUGCAGAGCUGAGCCCAGCCUUAUGUUCAGGGAGAUCCAUCCCACCCUUAGAAGGCAAGCCAGGGUCUUCCCUCUACAUCUCAAACAGCUCCUGAGAAGUCAAGAGGCAAAUGUGAGAAGAGUUCCCCAGUGUUACAAAAACUAAAAAAACAAACAAACCAGGAUGCAGGUGCUCUGUCGCUUACUCACCAGGCCCAACCCCAUUCUCAAAUUAGGGACAGAACUUAGAACACUGCCUUCACAGUUCCAUUCACACCCUAUCUCCAUCCUCCACCUCCUAAAAGAAGCAGCAAAAAGAACCUCAACCUUCAGUUUAGAAAGUAUGAAUGAAUGCACAUCGGAGAAAAGGGCUUUCCAAGGGAAACAAGAAGAAGAAGAAGAGUUUGGAUUUUAUUUCCCACUUUAUCACUACCCUAAGGAGUCUCAAAGCGGCUAACAUUCUCCUUUCCCUUCCUCCCCCACAACAAACACUCUGUGAGGUGAGUGGGGCUGAGAGACUUCAGAGAAGUGUGACUAGCCCAAGGUCACCCAGCAUCUGCAUGUGGAGGAACGGAGACGCGAACCCAGUUCACCAGAUUACGGGAAUACCGCUCUUAACCACUACACCACAUUGGCUCUCAAAAUGCAAAAGUCAAGAUGCAAAAGUCAAUCUGUCAGCCUUGCCUGCCCUCCCUGCUCUAAUCUCAGUCACAUGCCUGGGCAGGGAUGCCUCAGAGGAGACAGCAGGAAAUGCCCUGGUUACUAAUCACCACACACACAGAGAGAGAAACAGAAUUACUAGCGCUUAACUCCUGGAUGGGAUUUUAAGCAACUCCCAUCAGCCCCAGCCAGCACAGCCAAUGGUCAGGGAUGAUGGGAAUUGUAGUAUAACAACGUCUGCGGAGCCAGGUUGGGAAAGGCUGACUUCGAUCACUGGUCUUCAACUGUUGGAGCAGGAUCCAAAGUGACACUUAGUAAAACUACCCUACUUCAAAAUAAAACAAGAGAAAGAGAAACAGGCAGUGGACUGAGUAGGUAAAGGUAAAGGGACCCCUGACCAUUAGUCCAGUCACGGACGACUCUGGGGUUGCGGUGCUCAUCUCUCUUUACUGGCCGAGGAAGCCGGCGUACAGCUUCCGGGUCAUGUGGCCAGCAUGACUAAGCCGCUUCUGGGGAAACCAGAGCAGCACAUGAAAACGCAGUUUACCGUCCCACCAGAAUGGUACCUAUUUAUCUACUUGCACUUCACAGCUUGCCUAGAUGUUUCACAGGUGGCUGCAUUCCACAACUGCAAUAAUAAUCUCUGAGGGAUUGAACUCUAUGCAGUGAUUCUGAACUUCCUCAGCCCUGAAGAAAUGCCUUGUUUAGUUGGGGCUACCAACUAUAUUCACGAUCCAUUUCCCUCCUGUAUUGGAAUUCUUGCAUUGGAAUGUUAUUCCAGCCUUUAAGCCUUUAUGUCCAGAAGAACUGAGCAUCUGCCCAGAAUGGUGCUACCAUGAUGUUCCCAGCAGCUUCUUAUUCUUGGCAGCUCCAAGACUACUGGAAACCGUCUGGAUACAGAAACAGCACUGCCAGCACUGUCAUAUAUAGGUUCAUCCUCACUCUCAAAGAAUGGGCAUGGCAAGUUUAAAAAAGUUAUUUGCAAAACUACACAUUCACAAUAAGAUUAAUGUGAAUAUACUACUGUACCACUAGUACUGUCAAUCCUAUAAGGAACAAACAAAUGAACAGGCACCAAAUCAUGAUCAGUGAUUGUUAAAAGUAUUGCAGUAGAUUUCCACAGCCCUAACUGGUAAGAAAAGAGUGUGGUUAAUUGUGUUAGGUCAUCCUUGGCACCAGUUCCUGCAAUGGUAGGCUCAGAACAAUAAACACUUUCCAAAAAAGUAAUUACUUCUACAGCCAAGCAGAACCAGGUUCUGCCAUUUCAGCAACCUAGUUCAAAAUUAAGUGUCAAAAGCAGCAUCCAACAUGUAUUGUACCCCUUUACAGAACCUGGCGCCACAUCAGAUUCUUCAAGUGCCCAAGCAACUCAAACUGAGCAAACAGCCUCUUGUUGCUUUAUGGCCCAGUCAGAGAUGCCUCUGAAGGCCAUUUCACAGUGUAGUGGGAAAACGUGUCUUUUUUUUUGGGGGGGGGGGAGGGAUAGGUCUAUCAAGACAUAUGGGACCACACACAUAUCUAUAAGAGGAAUAAUAAACCAUGUUAGUUUUCAGUAACAUGUCAAAAGCAAACCCUUACAUCACCUUCCUAAAAGUCAUAGCAGGACUCCAAAAAGAAAAAUCUGUUCCAGCCAUUACUAGUCAUAAAAUCUCUUUAUCUUUCUAAAGAGCUACAUGUAUGCACAUCAGCCCUGAACAUUAGUCAACCAGCAAACCAUUCCAGAAAGUUCACAAAGAUCCAUGCAACCCAGCCCCAAAACAACACAGCAACUCACUCAGUUGCAGUCUCAGAAAGCUAUGCAGCACACUAAGUACAUAUUGGAGAAAGUGGAAAGGAUCCCUUCAGGAGGCUGGAGAGUGGAGACAAUUCAACUCUGCCUUCCCAAUACAAUAAUAGAUCCCCACCUCUGCUGAGAAUUUCCCUCUUAAGUCGUAGUAAUUUAAAUAAGCCAAUUGGCAGAAAGUUUUGGGGCUACGAAAAUGAAGUGUUUCUUCACACACUGCAUAAUUCCAUAAUUUGCCAUCCCUGAAAUAUCUUUAAUAUUUGCCAUCCCUGAAAUAUCUUUAAUAUUUGCCAUCCCUGAAAUAUCUUUAACUGACAGUUGCCAAAUCCAGCCCUCCAUAUUUCCAUCAAGAAUCAUCUCCCAUAGGAUGACAGUUAUUUUACUAUUAUUUUGUGCUGAACUGUUGCAAUUCUCUUAUGCAAGGGUGGGUUUUGUCAGACACGUCCUUGAGCACAUCAAUGGAAACCCAACAGACAUGGCAACAACCUCUUUUAGAUAAACUCCUAUUGGCCAGAUCUAAAAAUGUGACGGUGGGGGGGGGGACCCUAGAAAUGGCCCUUUUUCCCAUCACACCCCACCAAGCCUUUUGGGGUUUUUUUGCAAAAGAAAAAACAUUUGGAGGGGGGGAAUGCAUUACGAAAUUUUAUUCUUAGUAUGAUGAGCAAAAUGCUUAAGGAAAUCUCUAAGCUAUAGCUACCCUCAGCCACUAGCCAUGAAAACUAAAUGGAGCCUCCAGGUGCCACGACAGUCUACCGCUGAACAGCAGGUGCUGCGAGGGAGGCGUGGGAAGGCCAACCAGGCCAGGCACUGCUCCUGGGCUGGGUAUAAAGACUGCGGCACCGGACGGGCUUCUGGCCCGGUCCUGUGGGGAAGGCUUCUCUGCUGCUGCGGCAGCUGCCUGCCCCGAGGGGCUUCCAGUCCAUCCCGAGGGAAGCGCCGGAGGCCCCCUCGCCCGAGAAGGCCCUGCGGCCGCCCCGCCCCUCCGGAGCCCCGCUCCCGCCCGCCCCUCACCGUCCGCGCGAGGGCUCCGCGUCGCCCCAUUGCCGCGCAGCCCCUGCGCCGCUCCGUCGCCGCUCUUCCGGACCCGAAGGCGCAGAGGGCGGGCGGGGAAGCGGAACGGACAAGCACCUUGACGAAUCACAGGACGAGCAGCGGGAAGGCGGGGGCGGGGCCUCGGGGGCGCGAAUCCCGGCCCGCGCAUGCAGCCGAAGGCCAAUGGCGGCCCCGAGCUGCUUCGGAGUGUCAGCGAGGAAAAGGGGCGGGCAGAGGCCGCGGGAAGCGACAGAGGGAGCCGAAGGGGCGGGGCCAUUACACCCGGCUGAAUCAACCGCAGCCGCCGAAGGCCCGAGGAAAGGGCGGGGCUAGUCAGGAACGUCCACCAAUCCCAAAUGGGCUUUGUUUGGAGGGAGGAUCCGGGAGCGGCGGGGCGGAAGCGGCUCUUCCAGAUACGCGCAAAAUCAGGAAGUGGGAGGGGGGGGUCGCUCUGGGGGCGGCGGCUUCCUGAGGGUGGCGCGCAAGAAGAGCAGUAGUUCAUCAUUACACUGGUACCUCUGGUUACGUACUUAAUUUGUUCCGGAGGUCCAUUAUUAAACUGAAACUGUUCUUAACCUGAAGCACCGCUUUAGCUAAUGGGGCCUCCUGCUGCUGCCACGCUGCCAGAGCCCGAUUUCUGUUCUCAUCCUGAAGCAAAGUUCUUAACCUAAAGCACUCUUUCAGGGUUAGCGGAGUCUGUAACCUGAAGCGUAUGUAACCCGAGGUACCACUGUAUUAUUUUACUUAAGAGACAAACAGUAAAGUCACCAAAAUAAUAAAAUGACAAUGACAAGCAAUUAGCUAAAAGCAAUUAACUAAAAAACAACAAAAACCCGAGCAAGAGUUCAAAGCAACAGAACUCCCAGUCGCCCAACACCCGGAGCCCGCGCGAGCUCUGCCGCGCAAAGCAGAAGCUGAGGCUUCCGCGAGAAGGCGGCGCGGGGCGCGGGCGGGGGCGGCCCUGGCCGGGAUGAGCCCGAGCUGUGCAGGCGGCUGGGAGCAAAGCAGAAGCGCAGCAGCAGCAGCAGCAAAGACCCCCAUCCCGGCCCCCCCCCGCUUCCUUUUGGCUGUGAUUAAAAAUAGGUUGGGACGAAAGCCCCGAAGACGCCGCGCAGGCCUUUUUCUCCGCAGCUGAGACGCGAGAAGGGCCCGAGUUCCGCGCGCGAGAGGGAGGCUUCGGCCGAAACAGCCCCGCGCAGGGGCCUUUCUAUUGGGCAGCGCCGCACCUGCCGCCCGCUGAGCAGAAAGCUCUCUGGGCGGCCGAGAAUCAGUCUGCGAAAGCCGCGCCUGACUUCGGGCGGGGAGGUCGGCCGUCAGAAGCGCGCCAGGCCGGGCGGAGGCCGGAGGGCGCGCCGGGCUCCAAGGUGAGGCAGGCGCCUCGGGCGGCCCAUCGGGGCCCCCGGAAGGCCUGGCCGCUCUGCCCGCUGCCGCCUCCACCGCGGCCUCCUGCGCUUAGGCCAGGGCUGACCCCCCCCCCGGGCCCUUCCCUGCUUCGCGUUGCCCCUUCCUUCGUUCGCCCCUUUCCUCCGAGCCAUUUUGUGCUUCGCCUCAGGGGCCCAAACAUCUUCGCCCAUCCCAUCUGUGGGGAUUCUCGGUGCCUUGGGUGUCGGUCCGCGUCUCCGAAGGACAAGCCGUGUGGCCAGAGUCGCCCUGGCCGCGGUCCCAGCUUUGCUCCCGGAGGGGACAUGGCGCCCGGGGGCUCCAGGGCCAGGCGGCCGGCACCGCCUUCGGAACUUGGGCUUGACCUUGGGCUUCCCCCUCAGGUCCUUGGGGAUUGUGAGCGCGAGGGCAGAAGCACCUUAGAACUGAUUUUAGUAAGCUGCUCCGGAAGCCUUUUGGCAUUUAUAUAAAUGCUAUAAGUAAAGAAAUACAUAAAUACCAAGGUACCCAAUCUUUGCAGUCUCAAAAUGAAAGAAAGAGAGAGAGAGAGAGAGAACAGCAGAGUUCUCCUGGACAUUGAUGGUCUUAUGCCAUGGUGGGACUUUGUCAACCUAACCAGAAUGCUAAUCAAGUCCUUGCACUUUAUAAUCAGUGGCCUUAAAAUGUCUCUGUGCUGCUGUUUCAGUUUCAUUAACUUACCAAUGGCUUUAAAAGGGAAUUGGAAAAAUUCACGGAGGAGAGGCUGUCCAUGGCUAUUCAUCCUGAUGGCUAGAUGCCGCCUUCCAGGUAAGAGGCAGCAAAUGCCUUGGAAGAACAGGGUAACGAGGAGCUGGAGAGCUUGGUGGCUUUCGUGCCUUCCUUGUGGGCUUCCUAGGCGUCUGGUGGGCCUCGGGGGGGAACCGAGACACUGGAUGAGAUGGGACUUUGGUCUGAUCCAGCAGGUCUCUUCUUACCACCUUAAAGAUAAAGGUACCCUUGACCAUUAGGUCCCGUCGUGGACGACUCUGGAGUUGCGGCACUCAUCUCGCUUUAUUGGCCCAGGGAGCCAGCGUACAGCUUCCGGGUCAUGUGGCCAGCAUGACUAAGCCGCUUCUGGCAAACCAGAGCAGCGCACAGAAAUGCAGUUUACCUUCCCGCCACAGCGGUACCUAUUUAUCUACUUGCACUUGGACGUGCUUUUGAACUGCUAGGUUGUCAGGAGCAGGGACUGAGCAACGGGAGCUCACCCUGUCGCGGGGAUUCAAACUGCCGACCUUCUGAUCGGCAAGCCCAAGGCUCUGUGGUUUAACCCACAGCACCACCCGUGUCCCUCUUACGACCUUAUUAGCGCUUAAUUAGCCACUUUCCAUAAUCUCUGGGGAGGGGAGAGGGUCUUCAAUUACUGCUUUCUUCCCAUUCUAUGGAAUGCAAUAGCAUUAUUUCUCUCUCUAUAAAUUAAAGGGGGAAAGUAUGCUAGAAACUGCAUGUGCGCAAACUGGAGUCUGGUCUAGCACGGUUCUCCAGUAUGGUCUUCUAUUUUUAUGACUGUCAGAAAAUGGUGAAGGGUUGCGGUCUGUAUGCACUGAUACCGUAGAGCUAUUCUAGUACCUAAGUUGAAACCCACUGAGGUAAAGGAUGCCCCCCCCCUUAUAUAAUCUCAAGGUCCAGUCAUUUCCUCUGAACUACUAGUGACAAUUAUAACUGAAGACACAAUGUGCAGUCGUGUGUGUGGCUUUGCUACCUUGCUUCUGUCAUCUAAAGACAUAGCUCUUUAGAGGCACCUUCCUGCUAUAUGACCCAGUGAGCAAAAAGUAGCACACACACAAUAUAUAUAUGUUUGUGUGUGUGCCACCAACUUUUUUGGAUCAGGGAUAUGGAAUAACACAACAUUACACCGCUUUUCUUUGUACUUCCAAUUUACAAAAAACUUAACCUACUGAAUUUCUGCUCACUAUAUAGCUCUUAAGGAUUCAGGAACCCAUUUUCCCCACACUAUGCAACAGCUUUCUGUACUCAGAAAUCACAGCAUUGCUGGUGCCACAGAUGUUUGGGCAGCAAGUGUGCAUUUAUGUUCAACAGCAUUUCACCAUAUAUUACCGAAAUUUUUGAGAUCUCAGUGAUGGUCCAUAUACUCCCAGCAGGAAAAGCACAAAGGAAAACUAUAACUUUAUUUAAUAUUUAACAGUUUUGUGCAGGUAAUGUAAUGUGGGGAAAGGUGUACAUGCUUUUACCUUAUAUUUUAAAAGGAAGGUGAAAAGGCCUAGCUCUAUGCACAAAUGGCCCUCCAAGUGCACGUGUAUGUCCUUGAGGUGGUUGUUUUUUAAGUGACCUUUCAAACACCAUCUGCUUCCUGCACUAUUACAGUUAAGAGCAGAGCUGUGUGGUAAAGAGACGACACAGUAUGGAUUACUCAAGAACUUAGCACUUUUCUUCUGCAUUUCCCGUAACGCACAGUGAUGUGCAUAGCACAGAAAGGUGUUACAAACGGGAGAUACAGCCUUGUAUCUUGUUUAAUUGAUUUUAUCUGUAAGCUUCCUUAAGUCCCAUCAGCAAGAUGAAUCAAGGGGAGCGUGAGCGGUGCAGUUGCACCAGUCACAGAGUUUCUGGGGCGCCACAACUAUGACAUCCAGCAGAAGGCGAGAGGGCGCCAAAUGGCAGCAUCACACAAAUUGCAGUGCCACUGAAAUUUGAGAUGCCAAGGCCCGCCACUGGCAUCAGGGAAAAAGGUGGAAUAUAAAUAAAUAUAUGAUGAUGAUAAUGAUAAUUGUAUUCUCAAAAGUGUGACACACACCCCUAAGCAGCAAUUGCAUUUGUGAAAAAUCCCAGUUCGAGCAAUGCCAUGCAGAUAGCAGGGCCUUCAGUGAGAAUUGCACCAAGGUCUCCCAGCCGACACAGAACAUAUUUAUAUAGCCCUUCUAGUUCAAAGCCUGAGAAUACUUGAUGCCAAGUUGUAGUUCUGGCAGCUCAAGGGCAGCAGCUAUACUGAAACAAGCCAGUUCCUGUGACUCCUGAGUCCUGACAUUGUGCUCACGUGUGCAUGCUGCUGAGCACUCUCAUGUGUACAACCCAGUCCUCAGCAGCCAGUUUUGAGGAGGCAAGGGUUAUUCUGAUUAUCAUUCCAUGUUUCCCUGCAAAGUUAAGGCAGGAAACUCUCCCUCCCCUGUUCUCUCCCUGACCCCCCCCCCACUUUUGGGGUUCCUGGGUGUCUGCAUGUAGUGUACACACUUUAUAAAUGAGCAAUGCAAGAGCUUGGGCUGCCCUGGCACAGGUGAAGUAAUAGAAAAAUGGAGAUACAUCAGAGCAUAUGCAGAGUGCAGCCACUGAUGCUCUCUGAGUGCAGCCACUGGUGCUCUCUGAGAUCAGGAGAAAACAAGUUUUUUCGAAGUCAAAAAGAGUCCUGGGCUUGACCCCAGGUGCAUAACUCCCAUUAAAAAAAUUAACAACUGGAAAUUAACACUACCAGAAUCCUCCAUUCACUGCCUUUAUUCUUCAAAAGCAUUAUUUCAUUUACAGAUUGUAGGGAUUUUCCAUAUAUACAGUCAUGGGCCCAUGAUUUAAGAAUAGGAAGAAAUGGAUCACAGUCCCCACUCCAAGACAGCCUCUAAGAGAUAUAUAUAGAUACACGCACAAUAUCACAUGUAGAUCAAGUUCAGCUGUCACACAGUUGGAAGGACCCCAAGGGUCAUCUAGUCCAACCCCCCACAAUGCAAGAAUCACAGCCAAAACAUCUAUGACAUCUGCUCCGAAGUAAGUCACACUAAGUUCUGUGCAGCCUACUGAGUUACUAAGGGCUCCUGCCCUUGCUCUCUCUGCUUGCUAACCUCACCUACUGGCCACACAUUGUCGUCCUCUUACAUCUCAGCCAGCAACAUAGCGUGGAUUGCAGGCACCUGGGGUGGGGCAAGUGUUACACCCUCCUGAUGGACUGGGCAGCUGGGUUGGGGGUGCACGCUGGGGGGUGCAUGCAACAGAACGCGCACAGAGGGUGAACACAGCCCCUCUGCAACAGGCUCCUGGCCCACUGCCUCCACCCACCUGGCCAUUAGACCAACCUGCCUGCUGCCACACCUCAGCAGCUAGAGCUCCAUGCCUGUCAUGGGAGCGUCAGAUGUGCCCGGGGCCAUGUACCCCCUGCCCCCCCACUACGCCUCUGAUCUCAGCCAGCCCCUCACUUUUCCCCUCCCAUAAAUACGACUGCAGAAAAAAAUAAAAAAUUCAGAGGAAAAGAUUAUUUUGAACUACAUGCCAACUAAAUGGAAUUGGACAGUUGGACAACAUAAAUGAAUUAUUUGUGCCCUGUGACCAAAAAACUGGUACUGAUGCGCUGGAAAGAUAAGUGUACAGUGGUACCUCAGGUUAAGUACUUAAUUCGUUCCAGAGGUCCGUACUUAACCUGAAACUGUUCCUAACCUGAAGCACCACUUUAGCUAAUGGGGCCUCCUGCUGCUGCCGCGCUGCCAGAGCACGAUUUCUGUUCUCAUCCUGAAGCAAAGUUCUUAACCUGAAGCACUAUUUCUGGGUUAGUGGAGUCUGUAACCUGAAGCGUAUGUAACCUGAGGUACCACUGUAUACAUAAAAGAACACUGUAAACAUCUAAAUUCUUUGGCAGGUCAUGAUUGACCCCUGAAAGACAGUAGAAAACUUUACAAAACCAAGACAAUUGAGACAAUUUAUGAGAGACAAUGGAAAGUGUGUAAUUGUAAUUGUAACAGUAUACUUUUUGUUUUAUUUUGUUCAAUUAAACUGCUCUUAAACAACAACAGCAACCACCCAUCCCCUUCCAGCUUGCUCCAAGCCCCUCUGCUCACAGCCCCAACGGAGUGGGGGAGGUGUUUCACAGAGCAGUUUGUCAAACCACCCUUUGAAGCACCUUCUGUCCCCUCUGUUAAACAGCUUGUCAGGGCAGCCUGCUACCCUGUUGUCUUCUAGAGUUGGCAUGGCCACCAAAGGCAGCCAAACAAACUGCAGCAUGAUGACAACCUUACAUUUUUAUGUAUAAUAGAAAAUAUUCAAUCAAGUUGUACUAAGAGUUGACACACUGGAAUUAAUGGACCUAACUUAAUUUUAGUGGGUCUAUUCAAACCCAUUGAACAUAAUAUAGAAAGUAGGUCUGAAUAAACAUAUCUUGGAUUGGAUUGCACUUCAAUGGUGCAAACAGAUGUUAAUAUAAAAAGAGCUCAGAGAGUAUCUCUCGGUCACAAGAUAAGCCUAGCUCCCUCCCAGAUUCCAUAUGAAACAUGCACCAGAUCAAAUGCCAGUUUGAUCAACGGAGAUGCUUCAGCCACCUCAUCAUACUUGAUCUCUUUACCUUUUUGUUAAUAGCACCACACAACCUUUUAUUAUACCUUUGAUAAUCAUUAAAAAGGAAAACACUAAACGUUUUUUUAAAGUACAAAACUGCUCUGUAGAUUAGGGAAUGAGAUUUUGUGGGUAGAUGAGAAGCUCCCACUUGAAAACCUUUGGUUUUGGGGAGCAGGAUUAGUUGAGGUCAAUUGUGAGAGGAAAUGCUAUGUUUAGAUUUAAACAAAAUGAAAGAGAUGAAACCAGAGCAGCCUCUUGCUCUAUAUACGGUAUGUUGCAUCUUGAGGCGUCUGUGAACUGUUUCCUUCUUGCCUUCAGGAGGUUAAUAUGGUGGAGUGAAACAGAGCCCAGUUGUUUAGGAGGCCAGAUGGAAACAAGAGCAGAAUAUUGACUCACUUGUAGUGUAAAAAUUAUUAUAGACGAUAUUAUUUGAUAUAAAAACUGGAGUAUGGAUGAAUAUGCAGUUGUAGAUGUUUAAAAUGAGACGCCAUGGAGGGGAUGGGAGGAAGUCUCAAGAUUUGGAGAAUAUCUUUAUAUAGAUUUGUUUUUACAGUUUGUGUUCAUUUAUAUUUUGUAUUUGUAAAACCAAUACCAAUUAUUUCAAAAAAAGAGAAAAAGAAAUAGAGCUCAGCUGAACUCAAGCAGUUUUUCAUUCAAUCUGUUGUGGAAAGUUGUGCAAGGAGGUGUAUCCUGCUUGUGAACUGCUUCAGUUGGGCACUCAUGGCUCUUUCAUAAAAAAGCUAGUAUCCCUCCAUAAAGGAGUCCAAAUCUUCCCAGACUUUUGUUGGCUGAUCCUCUUUCCUUCAUUUUCACAACCUCUCUGUUCAAGAUCAUCAUACUAAUAGAGUGUGUCAUGACAUCCACCUACUCCUUUACCAUUGACACAUAGCUAAUUUCUUCAGCUAAUGCUUUUGUUUUCAGCAAAGCAAAGUGACUUCAGACCCUGGCAUCUGGUGACUUUAUAGUGCAGGGAUGGGGAACCUGAUGACCCUCAGAGGUUACUGGGCUCCAGCUCCUAUCAUCCCAGACUAUGGCCCAUGCUGGGUGAGAUCUGAUGGGAAUUGGAGUCCAACAACAUUUAGAGGGAUAUAGGUUCCAUCAAGGCUACCAUGGGGUGGGGAAAUGCUGCUGGACCAAGUCCCCACACAGUCCCCCCCAAAAAAAAUUGGGUUUGCCACUCCUGCUAUACACACUUACCUAGGAGUAAGGCCCAUUGAACUGAACAAAUCUUUCUCUGAGUAGGCAUUUAUGGAAUUGCUGUGUAAAUAUGGUGGGCCUGCUGGUCUAUAUACCUUCUAUGGCUGCAAUCCAGAGCAGGUCUGGCAGCACAAGCAACCUAAGCAGUUGCUUUGGACCACAACACGUUAAGAGUCACCACUGAAUUUGUGUGUGAUCUGAAAGGUAUGUCCCAGAAGCCUUUGCAAUAGUUCAUUGGAUGGGUGUUAUGUACUAAGCCUGGAUCCUAGAACAAUAGGCAAGUAGGAUCCUAGAAUGCAACAACUGAUUGGCCUGCAGGAAAAGACCAGUUGGGCUCCAGGAGGGAAGCAGAAUCAGCCAAUCAGAUGGGACUCAUUGUGUAAAUAAUGUAUAUAAAAGCCUGAGGUUUGGAGGGCAAUUCAAUCAGUUUUACAAGCUGCAUUAAAGAGCAUGAAAUCACUACAGGACUCUUAAGUAUAUUUCACUGGCGACAAGGGUGGGAUCCUGCCGAGCUGUCUGCUGCGCACUGCACACAGCUGCCACAGGCAACACAGCACCGCACUGCGCAUCCAGGCUACAGCUCCAGGACCCAAGGACCCAGAACGGCAACAGACAACAGCUUCAUGCCGUUCAGCCCAGCCUCAGGAGACUGGGAAGGCUAUGCCACCCACUUCCAGUUACUCCUGGAGGCAAAGGAUGUCACUGAUGCAGGCAAGAAGAGGGCGACCUUCUUCAGCGUCUGUGGAGAAGAAAUGUUCGAGAUCGCCCGAGCCCUCCUCACUCCCGCAAAUAUAGAAAUCUUUCCCUACGACACUUAGAUCAUGCAUAGCUUUGGGUGAUCUAUUGCUCAGCCCAACCACUUGGGGUGGGGGUAUUCUCUGGAACUGGCCCUGCUGAAAUCAUAUGCAUACUUCCCUGGGAGUAACUGGUCACAUGUCUCUGGGAACCAAGGAGGACUUACCUCCCCAGGAACAUGCACGGAGAAUUGCGUUUCUGAAUUGUGUUUCCCACUACAGUCCUGGCUCACACUCUGAGCUACAGCUGCCCCUGGGACAAUAAUGCCAGAAACCUUGGACACAGGAUAAUAUUCCCUAGACGGGGGUGGGGACAGUGCAGACUUUUGCCAGUGAUGAUGAUGGUGCCAUUCAGGCUGUCCCUGCCAGUUGUCCAGAGAAGCUCACACACCCUGAUUGCUGUGUGCAGAAAAGCUACCUUCCCUUUCCCAAGAGAGGGCAAAGAGCCAGACAGGUCUGGGCCCAUCCCACCAGCCACAUUGGGGAGGCGUGGCUGCGAGAACCUGAACUUCCUCUUAGCAUUUCAUAGCCUUCAGUUCCCACUCUGCCUUGUCCCUCUUCUGACAGGGAUGAGCCGCUGUGCAGAGAGCCUGAAGGGCUUCCUAGCCCGGGUCGAGGCCCAGGCAGGGCAAGAGAAGGGGCAGCUGGCUGAGGAGUUCCAGGUGAGUCUUGUUUACCUGGGCGGGGAGAGGGUGACUCAGGACAGCAAUAGACCUCACCCUGCCCUGGGUUAGGACUGGCUGACAGCACCUCUUCCCCACCCCACUGUUCACUGCAACCAGGGAUUUUCCUCGCAUACUCUGAGGUUUUUCCUUUUCCUGGUGGGCCUCCCAUACCUUUACUGGCCUGGUGACAGGCAUAAAUUCAACCGGUACAGUUUUUUUUCUACCUGUGCAUCUCCAUUCCAAGAAAAGCUACAGAAGUUGAAUUUCUGUCUAAUUUUCUAGGAGUGGCAAGUUGACUUGCCUAGUGAUUACUUUCACAGAACCAGCACGUUUAAAAAUGACAUUUCAGUCCUGCUUUGACCCAUGAUUUGCCACAUGACCCAAUCCAGCUGAUGAGUGCUGGAGGGAAGCCUAACUGCACCUCCCAACUGCAUUCCAGGCAUGUUGCCUGCUCUCCAGGGGAAGAUAAUCCCUCUGAUGCUCAGAGGGCUCCCAGAUCUAUGAGGAGAAAAGGAAGGAGUGCAAGAAGAUGAGUAUUUCAUGCUUGCUAAAAAGCCAUAACCUUACAGCAACUACAAUGGGCUGCCUCGUAUCUCCCUUCUAGUUCUAGACACUAGUGUCCAAGCUAGGACUAGAACAAGGUGCAAGAAUGACAGUAGCAGAGAGAAGUUGACAAGGGUCUUCUUGGGAUUAGAGUCCAAAAUGGGUGUCCCAUCUGUCCAUAGUACAGGCCAGCUUUGCAUAUUUCACCCUUGAUUUGUUCCAUCACAAUAAGAAUACAAUAAUUUUAUUUCCUGAUAAAUUUCAUUCUAUACAACUCUUGGAAAAGAAUCUUUCUAGGCUGCUCUAUCUAUUUGUACUAGUGUAAAAAGCUUGCAUGCAGGUAUACACUUACAGGAUGCUAUAUAAGCAACUAAGCAGGCACAGCUGCCUUUUGCGUACUCUUUUCAGGCAAAGAUCUGUGCUUUAACACUCGGUGCCCAAGCAGUUUUUCUUUUUUGUUUUACACCGAGCUUUCCCGUGAAAAGCAGCUCUUUGAAGCUGAAUUGGAGCAAACAUCAAUUCUAGUUUUCCGUGGACUGACAUUUGCUCUGGUUGAACUUGAAGAGGCAGGUUUUCACGGGGAAAGCUCUGGAUCAAAAAAAGGAGGUGGUGCUCAGACACUGUUCUUUAAAUCGUGGGCUGUACCUAGAAUCAUAGAAUCAUAGAGUUGGAAUAGACCACAAGGGCCAUCGAGUCCAACCCCCUGCCAAGCAGGAAACACCAUCAGAGCACUCCUGACAUAGAAAGAUCAGUACAAAGGUAAGUGUGGAUAAGCCCUAAAGCUGUGAACCAAGAAGCUUCGAGUUCAAAUCUCACCACUGCCGUGAACUUGGAAAGUGGCCUUAUGCAAGUCAUUCUCAGCCUCAGUCCCUCGUCUGCAGUAUGAGACUAAUAAUAAAAACAGUGACUGGCUUUACAGCUUUGUUGUGCAGAUUUACAGGGAUAAUGCCAUGAAGUGCUUUGAACACUCAGAAAACACUGCGGAGGUGCAAGUUGUGGUGGUUUAUACCAUACCAAAUCUGGAUUGACUGCCAUAUGUUCCUGCAGAAGAACUUGGGAGUUGUCUUCUUAAGUACAGUAGUAUUUUUAGAUGAUCACUUUUAAUGUACAUUGUGGUUUUUAAAGGUGUUUUACUGGUUUCCAUUGGUAUGGAUUUAUCUUCCGUAAGUCACUUUUGAGACUGUUCCAGUGUAAAACAACUCAUAAAGGUAAUCAUAAAUAAAUAAUAGUUUGGCAAGUGAGCAUUAUUGUUGUUGCUGGCAUCCAUCUGUCUUGGGAGACAAUGGAGGAGUGCACCUUUUGGGGUGAAGUCAAACCGUUGGAGUUACAGCACCUGCUGUGGCUGCAGAGACUGAUAUGGGACAGACAUGUUUUGUUGCAGCUGGGGCAGAUGAAGGUGCUUAGUUUCACUGUUACAGAUGCGCCAUGGCGUUUCUUUUCUCUGCGUUCCUCCCAGUGGUCAUUCCUCCUCUGUUCAUUACUGUGGAUGCACGACUUGUCUGUCUCCAGGCACUGCAGUCGUCUGCAAGGGAUUCCCACAAAGUGGGGUUGAUGUUCCAAGCCUUCACGUCAUGUUUGAGACAUUUUUGCAGCUUUGCAGAGUUGGUCCGCCAACAGGCCUGGUGCCUGAAGCUAUACUAGAAGCCACUGGCCUUCUCAUCUGACAACACUUCCUAGAGCCUCUCUGUUGGGUGCAGGGCCAGCCCACCCAUGAGAGGCAGCUGCCUCAGGCAGCCAGGUCCCCAGGGCAGCAGAUCUUGAUGUUGAUUUUUGUUCAGGACCGGCUCACCCAUGAGGCCAUGUGAGGUGAGUGCCUCAGGUGGCAGGGUCCACUGGGACAGCAGAUGCCAAUGUUGAUAUUUCUGCUCUCCUUGUUGCUGAGGUAAAUCUCUCCUCCCCCCCUUCUUUCUGGCAGGGAGGGGGGCAUCCUUUUGGGAUCUGCCUCAGCUGCCAAAAUGUAUUGGGCUGGCCUUGGUUGGGAGCCCUGACAAUUAAAUAACUCUGAAACAUAUUUAGCUCUGUAGUGUAGACUACCUUAGCAUGACUAAGCUGCUUCUGGCGAACCAGAGCAGCACACGGAAACGCCGUUUACCUUCCUGCCGGAGCGGUACCUAUUUAUCUACUUGCACUUUGAUGUGCCUUCGAACUGCUAGGUUGGCAGGAGCAGGGACCGAACAACGGGAGCUCACCCCGUUGCAAGGAUUCAAACCGCCCACCUUCUGAUUGGCAAGCUUUAAUUCCCGAACUGAGGUCACAGGCUCACCCUAUUCAUACACAAAGACGCCCUAAAGACAGGUAAGCAAAAGACAAUGGAGAGGCUUUCCCAUUUCCUUCCUCCUUGCUGAGAAACAUUUGAGGUCAAUUUGGGAGAGUCAAAAUGGUUUCAGGAUUGCUCUCCUGUACUAUUUCAGACAUGUGAUUUAUAUUUUUAUGUAUGUGUUUGCCUUGUAAAUUUAUGAACAUUUAAUUUAUAUAUUUGAGACCUUAAAUUCUUAUAACAUAAGAGAAUGAUUAUGGCCAUUAAUUCCUAUGGGGGAAAGAAACUCAUCUCAAUUUGGGAGCCUCCAGGUUUUCUUGUUUUUGCAGUUCUCCUCUCUAAAUAUUUGUUUGCAGUUCUGCAAAAUUUGGGGUUCCCCUCAAAUCUGUGGAUACCUCCUGGUGCUGUUCUGGCAAUGGGUUUGCUAAUAGUAUGAAGAAUCAAGAACCAUGCAAAAUCAAGACUUGAGUCUGUCCUGUAAAACUGGGCCUUAAUUGCCCCCUGUUCCUGAGACUGCAAGUUCCCAGCUGACUCGGCCAACAUGGCUUUUCCGUGCCCUGUCAGAUGGCUGAGAUGAUGAGUCCUUCUAAGCUGCACAUGCCCCCCAAUCGGUUGCUGCAUAUCAUGUGCCAGGAUGCAUUGGACGUGGUCACCUUGUGGAUGAGUUGACUCUAGGAGGGCUCUGUGGGUGGCCUGUCUGGUCUUGAUUUGAACUGAGGCUUGCACAAGCUGCAUUGAGCCUCUUCAAAACACAUGCACCUGAAUACAGAUCCACACAUGUCAAGCAUAUCCAAUGCACAUUUAAAGUACAUGGCUUCCUGGGAAUAAUCCUGGGAAAUAUAGUUUCCCCCUCCCAUAACUAAAACCCUUAACAAACUACACUUCCCAUGAUUCUUUGGGGAAAGUCAUGCGCUUAAAAUGUGUUCUGAGGAAACUUUAAAUGCAAGAUGUGGAUCUGUCUCAGUCACAAAUCUUUUGCUAUCACGCCAUUUGGCUCUUAAGGUAUUUUUGAGGGAGUGGCUUUCCUUGGUGUCAUACGUCCCCUUGAUUGAUCCUGCACAUUCAAGAUCUUGGUCCAAUAAGGCUUUGAUCCUUACAAGGUUUUGUUGAGGCCAAGGACCCUCAUUUCACUGCGCCCUGCAGCAGUUUACAAAUAUUGCAUUUCCUUAUGGUGGGACAGGUUUGUCCUGUGAUCCUCCUCCUGCCCCCAGGUUCCAGCAUUGGCUUUGCCCACAGGCUGCAUCCAGGUUCCAGAUAUUUUAAGUUCAAGUAGCUUGCCAAUUUGAAUUGAAAGUGAAAAUGGGAAACUUUCUCUAAAUUUGUGUGUGCCUGCAUUUCAACUUUACUUCCUAAUUUAUAGGCACGAGAACAAGGUAUUGUCACAGACAAUAGGAGGGGAGUGGAAACUAAGUCAUUACCACUUUUGCAUCCUUUUAGCUCCAUGAACUCCAGAUACAGUCAUGCUUGAUUUCCCACACAGGCAGAACGUGAAUCCAGGUGUCCUGAUUCCUAAGCUAGCAAGGUCUAGAGCAGGUUUCAGUGUCACAUGCCUGGCCAUGUGAGGCUGCUAGCUCUCAUUGUUGGUGUCAUUCGUGGUGACAGUUCUGAGAUGUUGUAUAACCCUCCUUGUUUCUUGAGCAUUACAUAAAUAGUAACUAUAAUCUCUCUCAUACCCUUGGAGACUGGCCUUCAUUGUUCUGUGUUUGAGAAAGGUCAGCAGAGAGAGGUGCCAGGAACCCAACAAGUAAGAAAGUUUCUCUGAGGGUUUAAACAGCAUAUCUGGCAUGCCAGGGUCACUGCAAAUCAAACCUUUGUCCUCUUCCAUGCAGUGAAACCUCUUGCACCAACUGUUGUGCAGUGACCAUCCUCCACUGGGGCAUAGAAACAAGCAAGACUUAGCAUAAGACAAGGAGGCAAUGCUUAAGUUCUGAAAUGGGUCAGGUGACGAUUCAAGCUUGCCUAGGAGGGAAGCUUUACGGUUCACCUUGGAAAUACCUGUCAUCAUGUUGUUGAUCCAACCUGUAAAACUGUGUUCUUUCAAGUAAACAGCUUGAGGUGGAAAAAUGAGAAAACUCCAGAUUCUGGCAGGCUCUGCCCAGGAUCCACCAGGUUGUGCCCCUGGCUCCUCCUUUUCAGGUAGAUCCACAUCAUACAUUUAAAGUACACCCAGUUCCCCACAUAGAACUACAGUUCCCAUUACUCUUAACAAACUACAGUUCCCAAGAUUCUACUCUGCCUUUCACCAUCCAGGCUCAGACCCCUAUUUAGUUCAGUGAGAGAGUUUCUGCUGUCAUGGGAUCAUAGAGCUGGAAGGGACCCUGAGGAAUCUGCAAUGCAGGAAUCUUGACUGAAGCAUCCAUGACAGAUGACCAUCCAACCUCUGCUUUAAAACCUCCAAGGAUGGAGAGUCCACAAUAUUGUCUGGGUAAAGUCAGGAUAUUUGAGACAGAUAUGGAAGGGUACAAGGGAUGCGGGUGGUGCUGUGGGUUAAACCACAGAACCUAGGACUUGCUGAUCACAAGGUCGGCGGUUCGAAUCCCCGCUACGGGGUGAGCUCCCGUUGCUUGGUCCCUGCUCCUGCCAACCUAGCAGUUUGAAAGCACGUCCAAGUGCAAGUAGAUAAAUAGGUAUCGCUCCGGCAGGAAGGUAAACAGUGUUUCCAUGCGCUGCUCUGGUUCGCCAGAAGCGGCUUAGUCAUGCUGGCCACAUGACCCGGAAGCUCCCUCGGCCAAUAAAGCAAGAUGAGCGCCACAACCCUAGAGUCGUUUGCGACUGGACCUAAUGAUCAGGGGUCCCUUUACCUUUACGGAAGGGUACGGGAAGCCUGUGAAGGGCUUGAGGAGAGGCAUCGUGGAAGCUGCCUUAUACCAAACCAGACCCAUACUGUCCACACUGACUGGCAGUGGCUCUGUAGGGUUUCUCUUAGGUCAGGUAUGAUCUGUCUCGCCCUGCCUGGCGAUGCUGAGACUGAACCUUGGACCUUUGCAGGCAAAGCAGAUGGUCUACCACUGAGUGACAGCCCUUCCCCAUUAUGGUUUGGAUGGCAGGAAAGGCAACAGCCACAGAUGGUGGCAAACUCAUACUGUGAACAAAACUGUAGUUUACAAUUUCUCAGCAAGCAGAAAUGAUGUUGUACAAUAAGAUGAACUUGUUGAUGCUGCCCAGACAUAGGAAUCGCUGCCUGAUGCACAGGGGAUGGGGAACAGCCCUAGGUGAAUAAAUAAGGAAAGGAACUGAAUUCAUGGGCUGUUUACAUUACCUGCCACUUCUCAGCUGCAGUUGGGGAAAGGGAGGACAGUGAAGUUUCGACAUCCCUCACUGGCAGAAUACAGCAGAAGCCAGACACACACUUGGGGGGGGGGGAGAGGGAAGGAAGCAUGAGCAUGCAAAUAACAGUAUGCUAAAAGGGUGCAUGUUACAGGCACGCAUACAAAUCAGGACCUGAUUCACCAUUUCCUCCUCCAGUUCAAGUCUGGGUUCCCCUCACUUUCACAACCCAUUGGACAAACAUACUGGUUCAUAAAUCCAAAGCCCCUUCCCUGUGCUUCACAUAAUCUGUCUGCUUUGGUUAUGUUUAAAUCACUUUGUGUGCACAUUUAUUGAAGUACUGGCAUAUCUUUACCCUUUCGCACAAAAACAUGUGCCAGGAUAUAUAUAUAUAUGUGUGUGUGUGUGUGUGUGUGUGUGUGUUUGUGUGUAUAAAAAAUGUUUGGUUUAGGCUGUUCAUACUGGUUCCUACCCCUCAGUGCUGUGCAUAGCCAGUUUCUGCAGAGCACACUGAACAGGUUUCCUUUGAGCUUUUGCUAAAGGAGGAAAUUGUACAUCAGACAUAAGCAUGGCCAAUGCACAUCCACAGCAUAAAUGAGAUAGAUCUUGCUUGUAAAAUAAACACAGUUGUUCUCUGCUGAACUUUGAAAACUAAGGGCUGAUUCACACUUGCCAGACAAACUUGUUAUUUGGUGGGUGCACAACUUUGAUGCAGGACUGCUGUGAUAUUAGAAGAGAGGUGUGUCCCACCUCUUUUUUACAGAAUCCACAAGCCCCAUUUCCCAAAGCCUCCUUGUUUCAAUUUUCUUAAUGGUAUCUGCCACCCAGAGGCCAUUAAUCCUAUUUUCACACUGCCUCAAGAACACUUAUCUGUGUUAUAUAACCCCUUGCCUGACCUGGUGCUGCCUUGGGUGAAGACCACAGGUAGAUAGAGUCAUCAUCCAGUGUUCCAGUCAGUUCCUGGAAGGAAAGCCAGUGUCAUCACACCAGGGAAACCUGCUCUGAUGAGGCACAACAUGGUCAGAUGAACACUGCAUGCUCCAGAAAUAUACUCAAUGAGAGAUUGUAAGAUUUCAUAAGUAGCGCCACUCUGUUCACUGCCUCUAGUGCUGUCAUUGACCAUCUGCUGGGAGUCACUCACUUGCCAAAAUGGCUUCCGAGCAGUUUAUUCAUUUACAUUCCUUCUAUAAGGGUUUCCCCCUUACAGACUACUUUAAUUGCAGAGGGGUCUUGGUGGACCACUUAAUGAUUUUCCUUGUUGUUGAUGCAACUGUAAUGCACUGGGAUAGAUACUGUGUAUAUAUAUUAUUUGUAUUGCAUAGAAUUCAAACUGUAAUAACAAAAUAUAAUAUAAGAAGUGAGAUAAGCAAAUAAAAUGCAAUUAAAAUCACUGUGAAUAUUUAAUGCAAUUGAGGUGCCUUUUCCCAUCUCCAACCACAAAUCCACAGAUGUGCUACAGACCAUGUGAAGCUUGUGGACCACAGUUUUGAAAUCCCUGCUCCAUACCAUUUUAUGUCAUAUAGACCUCAGAGUAAAAAUAUGCAUCAGUAAUAACAAAACCAAUAAAAUGUAAAAUUUGAAGCAUACAAACAAUUCAUAUAUAUAUAUAUUUGAAUAUUCCAUUUCAGAGAACAAGAUUAAUGCUGGUUCUAAUUAAUGCUGGUUUUAAUUUUAUUGUUAUAUAAUUUUAUGUUUAUAAUUGAUUAAUGAUUAUUCAUUUUGAAACUACAUGUUGAAAGUUCCACAUGCAGAGAGUUCUGCCUGGAAACUCAGUCCAUAAAUGCUUUAGAUAUACAGGAAACUCUCAAUUUACACAGGGGUUACAUUCCGAGGAACUGUGUUUUUACGUGUAUAUCGUGUGCAUCAGGAACACCAUUUAAAAAGCCUGCAAACACCCUCUAAACUUAUGGAAACCCUUUAAAGGCAGCCCUUUGAAGUUUGAAAGGAUUGAUGGGGUAUUAUUAUUCUUAUUAAUAAAAAAAACCCUUAAAAGCACCCCAAAAUCCACCAAAUUCCACCACAAUUGCCCCCUCCAAACCUCCUUGCUCAAAUUCCAACUCUCCAAAGGCCCCAAAGGUUGGUACAAAGGCUCGUGGGAUUGCUAGAUGCUAUUUUUGUGCCAUUGUUGCCAUUUUUGCACCCUUUUAGGAUCACUUUUUGCCCCCUUUCAGGUUUGUGGCAAUGCACACAUGUGUGGAUGCCCGUGCCCCAAACACGCAUAAAUGGGAAGUUGCCUGUAUACAUAAAUAAAAAGGAAGGUGUGGCAGGGACAGAGGGACCUUGGGAUUCCCAGACAGCCUGGCCAACUAUCAGGGAUGAUGGGAGCUGCAGCUGAGCAACAUCUGGCAGUCCACAGGUUUUCCCAUUCCUGAUCCAAAAGCUGCGGAAGAGGGUAUUUUUCAUUCUUAUCCCCCAGAGCCUCCAUUAGGCACCAGGAAACCUGCUAAGCUUGUUACAUGUCCCUUUUUCUUUUUUUAUUACCUUGGAGACCUGUUGUCAGAUGGAAAGGCAAGCGUGUAAAGAUUUUAAUAAAUGAACGGAUGCUCUUGUCUCUCGGCAGGAAAUUAAAGCCCGGGCGGCAGCAUUCCGGCAACAGCAGGGCAUUUCAACAGAAGCUGGGGGCAACAAGGAGAAUAUCAAGAAGAACCGUUACAAAGACAUCCUGCCAUGUUAGUUGCCAAUGAGGAAAUACUACUACUGUGUGGUGGCUUUAAUAUUGGCAUCUGUGGCAUGGGGCCAGUUCUGCCCAACUUGGCACUCACUUCCUCUUCUAUGGAUCAGGCUGUGUUACCACAUUCCUCUUGGGCUCCUCCACCCUAGGAGUGCCUUGAAUUGUCUUUCAUUUGCUCGUGUCACCAGCAAAAUAUCCAGUGAGUGUUGCCAUGUCCCAGGCUGUAGUACUCGCGAUUCAGGGCCUCAAAGCAUCAAGUUAGACCCUAGAUCCAUCGGCUACUCUCAAAUUAUAGGAAUUUUGUGGCAGUCCUAUUGACUAUAACAAUAUUGUUUUAAAAGUUUACUUUUAAAAAAUCACAACAUUCUGAAAAAAGAAAAUAUUGCAUAUGAAGAGGAGGUUUCCUUCUUUCUCCAAAUAUCCAUCUUUUCUCUAUUGUAAAAAUCAUGGCCAAGGAAUCAUUCCAAGAAUGAGAAAAAUCUGUUUCUCUCUCCCCCUCCCCUGAUUUUUUUUUGUUUUUCCUGGGCCUUCACAUCUCUAGCUCUAUCCCUUUAGCAGCUGCUCACACUGUCCUUGUGUGUCUGACAUCAUGAGGAACCUUUCUAUUCUGGGAUGGGUCUUAAUGGGUAGGAGAAGAUAUAUUCAUUGCAAUUAAUCUAUCCAGGCUCCCACAUGUGUGGGUUGAACAGUUUCAAAGUCCCAUCCUUGGCAGCAGAAUUAAGCAUAGGAAUUUGGCUGUAAAACCUCAUUUAGAGGAAGUCCUGCUAUGAAGUAAGCUGGCUCUCCCUUCUUACCCCGCUGAACAAAGAAUCAGGCAACUACAGUAAGUUUAAACAUAAGAAUUUCUUACUUAUAAUUUGCAUUGGUUCCCAGCAGUGGCAGCAGUAAAAGCUAUGCUGGCAAAAUACUUAGAUUUACAGUACAACCAGCUUCAGGCAUGUACCUAAAGCCAGAGCAAACAGAGAUAUCUCUGCAUCCAAUGCUAGUCAAAGGAAGAAAGAGAGGAAAAGGAAAUACAAUAUGCUCCUUCCUCUCCCGGAGAGUAGGGGAAAUGACAUCACACAGAGCCCUCUCUGCCAACUGUAUUUCUAUGGUCUGCCUAUCAGCAAUACAGCUCUGUGGGCUUAGCCCCUUCUCAUGCAAACUAGCAGGAAUGUGCAUUUCUAAGGUUUGGCUGCUACUCUUCCACACCUAUGGCAUCACUGCAGCUCAUUUAGUGAGUCUCAGGAUUUGGGAUGCUGGAAACCAGGGGCAGUAACUGUAUCCAGAACCCUGCCCAGGAAGUUUAUAUAAAGCUCCAAGCCAAUCAGGAGGCCAGACUGAGGAAGUUAACUAAUGGAUGAAAAGUAAUCAGAGGAACUGCAAAAAGUGGAAGUUGAUACUUUCUAAGGUGUGCGCCUUCAUUUUAGGAACGGGACAAUCUGCCACUGCUCUCUGGAGGGUGGUCAGAAGGACAGAGUGGUUGUGACGCUAGUGAUGAUGAGCAGAUACUUUACCUUGUUUUUGGUCUGUCUUAGUUUCUCAGGCUCUGCUCCAGGGCUUCCCAGAGGAGUAUGGUUGGCCACUGUGAGAACAGGAUGCUGGACUAGGUGGGUCAUUGGCCUGAUCCAGCAAGUCUCUUCUUAUGGACCAUCUAAUUCAGGGGUCCUCAAACUUUUUAAACAGGGGGCCAGUUCACUGUCCCUCAGAGACUGUUGGGGGCCGGGCUAUAGUUUGAAAAAAAUAUUAACGAAUUCCUAUGCACUCUGCACUUUUUUCUUUAAUUUUUUUGGGGGGGCCCCAAGAGAGUGGGGUCCUAAGCUAUAGCUUGUUUAGCUUAUAUGUAAAUCCGGUACUGGGGGGAGGGUGUUGUGCCUUGUUGUGGUGCACCUGUGGGGUGAAACUAAGAAAAAGCGAUGUGGGUGGGUGGGUGUGAAGAGAGGUCGGAAGCACCUGUGGCGAUGCCAAGAAUGGAAUUAACGGAGACCCUGGCAAAAGAAGGAAAUGCUCAGAUGGCAACAGAAAUGCAGCAAGGCACUUCCUCCCGUGGCAGGAGGGAGGCGGGCUGCGAGAGGAGGGCCAUAGGCCCGUUAGACAGCGGCGGAUUCAACAAUUGACAGGCGGGCCGGGUUCAGGACCAUAGGCUGUAGUUUGAGGACCCCCAAUCUAAUUGCUCCAGGAGCUCUCUUUGUGAAUAGUGCUAUGCACAGAUCCACGGGAUGAAUGUGAAGCAAGACAAACCUGUCCACUUACUUGGGCAAUACCUGUGGAGCAAUGCUCACCUUGGUGGGGUCUCUCCUAGGCUAUCUUCUCGGGGGUUGAGGACAUACCUCUCAGGGUGCUACUCUCUGGUCAGUCGUCUGUACACUAUGACCUUAGGGGCACCAAGCCAUGGGAUCCAAACAGCACCAGUGGUUCAAUGUAGUCAGGGGUUUGGUCACUGACGUCACAAUCUCUUUCCUUUUUCCAUUUCCUGUCAAUUGAGAGCAGGGUUAGGCUAAGCUGUGACCCUCCAGAUGUUUCUGGAGUGCAGCUCCGCCCAUGCCCUGACCAUUGGCUAUGCAGCUGGGGCUGCUGGGAGUUGCAGUUCUGAGGGAUCACAGGUCAGAUGCUGAGAUUCAUGUUCUCUCUCUCUCUAAGGCCAGGUGACUAUCUGUGGUACUAACUCCCAGUUGUGUACAUCUCACAGAUGAUCAGACCAGAGUUGUUGUGAACUUCCUGACAGAAGAAGCCCAAGCUGAUUACAUCAAUGCAAACUUUAUUCAGGUAACAGAGUCCUGAACCCUACCCCUCCCCAUUGCAAACACAUCUGACUAGAGGAAUUUGCCCAAACUGAUGAGAGCUGAAACACUGGCAAGCUUUGUUCCAGAUUAAAGCGGGGGGGGGGGCCUCAGUUCCCUAUUAUACCAUCCAAAAGAUUUUACUUUUGCACUGUGUAAGUGUAAGAAUGGCAUUGACCUGCCUCCAGAGAAACCUCCCCCCAGGGCCCCUCAGGUCAACCACAAAAUGGCACUUCUCUCCCCACCAGGGAGGAAGGGGUGGGUCAAGAGCUACACCAGGAACAAGGGGGAAAUGAAGAUCUACAUUGGGAUCUGCUGCCCAUGGGGAUCCUGCCUCACUUUGCCUCAUGGCUGGUCUGGUCAUGUUUUUAUAGGCCUCAGUGACUGGCCUGUGCCUCAUGACUGGAAGGAGAAAUGCCCAAAGCAGUGGUAAAAGAGGCAGCCAACUCUGACAGCAAGUAGCUUGGCUGCAUCUUUUGUGUCAGAGUGACUGAAGGGUCCAGUAUCCCUGCAGAGGUGCGGGCAGCAUCCUGCUCUUCCCCCAGGUGAAGAUGCUUGGAAGCAUGCAAGGCCAGUUUAGCAAAUGAUGCAAAGAUCCAGCAGGUGACCUCCAUGGAGAAGGGGGGCUUUUGUCCCAUAGUAGCCUUUUCAUGAUUUUAUUUUAUUUUUCAAGGUAAGCUAGUUGCGUGUCGAGACCCCACAGCCACCCCCUCGUUGGGAAAUAACUCACAGAAGUACACAGAUAUUAGGUUUAUGUUACUGGGCAAAUUUUGGCCACAACUUUAUUGAAUUACAGAAUGUGAGCGGUAUUGGCUUAGGCAUUGAUUGGACCCAACUAUAUUUGACUCUGUGCAGGAAGUCCAGUAAGGGUAAGCCACCGGUAGGGGGAGCCCUGUUGAUGCGAACCAGCUCAAGCUCCCCCUGGUGUUCCCGUCCGGGUCGUGUCAAAGCCCUAGCCCCCAACCGGGCUUCGGACAAGAUCAACACCCCCGGAUUCCUUUAACGGAAUACCCUUAAGAUGGAGGGGCAGGUGAUGGCCACACCUCCCCUCCCCCACACAAGGUCAAAAAAUGCCUAACCGCAACCCUAACAAAGUUGUGACGAUUGCUACGAGGUAGGCGAAAGCCAAGUGGCCAGUGCCAAUUUGCCAAGUGGAAAAAUUCCUACCAGGCCCCUUGGACAACCAAGGCGACCAACUGAAAUCCAUAGCAAGGCCAGUGCCUAACCUGCAAAUAGGGAGGGAGGGUGAUUGAGGAAGUGAACUCGCUCCUCGGUUUAAACUGUCCCAGCCACACCCCGCCGGCCAGCGGAUUGGCUGGCUGGGCUCUGACGUGGCCGGGAUCCCCCAGGCAAUGGGGGACAAAGUCCCCCACCCCCGGUGGGGAGUGGGUGGCCAUGCGGUCCACCGCAACUCCUCCCCACUGGGAAGUGGAGCAGAUAAGUUCCAUCAGGCACACUAGAAUGGCAUUAUGGCAAAAGUCAGAAUUGAAGGCUCUUCCUAUCAUCAGUUAAAAGUCCCAGUUUACUAGAAUACAUUUCUAGUCCUCAUGGUUACAGAGAUAAAAUUGACAGUGGGAUGACAACGUACUCUAAAGGCUCUUGGGAAUCCUAAAUUUAGCGAUAAGAUACACGCACUCCCCAGGAGCUGACUUAAAUUUUCCACAUUUGAGAAUAUUGCUUUGAGAACAUGAAUGUUAUAGAAGUGGACAAUACAUACCCCAGUUGCAGUUUAGCACUGACCAUUCUAUUUACAAUGGAAUGCAAAGUAUUUUUGUCAAGCACAAAUCAAAUGGGUGAAUUAUCCAAAGCCCUCUCAUUCUAAUCUCUAACCAAUUGCCCUCCCUCUCCCUUGUUUAUCCCCACUUAUCUUCAAAUAGAAUGCUGUUCUCCAGCUCAGGGGUGAUGACAGGGUGUUCAGCAGAAUGCAUGAUGUUCAGUUCACGUUUGCGAUUCUCUUUUCUUCCCACAGGGUGUGGAUAACAAGCAGUGCUAUAUUGCAACCCAGGGGCCUCUUCCACACACAGUGCUGGACUUCUGGCGCAUGAUUUGGCAGUACAAGGUGAAGGUGAGUUGUCCAGGCAGAUCACAAGUAAUAUCCUAGAUAUUAAAGCAAGCUCUGAAGUGCAAAUUGUGCCCAGCAGAUUGGAUUGAUCUGUAUAAGACCAGUUUCUCUGACACCAAGGCAUCUGGUGAACUGUCCCUCUCAAAGCAAAUUCAAAUUAAUGUUUCUGCUCCUUUAUGGCAGCGGCAAGGAAACCUUUUUCAGCCCGACAGCCACAUUCAGGUCUGUGAAACCUUCUGGGCCACAUCCCAGUGGUGCCAGAAGCAAAAGUGCACAGAGCAGCAAAUGUAAAUUUUACCCAUGCACCGUAGUACAGUUUCUACACACCCCGCUGUUCUCUCUGGGCCUGGCGUUCUCCACCACUGCUUCAUGAUGUUCUUUCAUUGCAGGUGAUUGUCAUGGCUUGUCGGGAAGUGGAACUAGGCAAGGUGAGGCCUCCUGAAGUAGAGAUGGUAUUUGGAGGCUAGGAAGCCUCAUGGGGUCUCUCAUCCGGGCCUUGAGGUUUUGAGGACAGCCAUGUUGCCACCAUCUCUCUUACCUAACCUUUCUUGCUUUCCUAUGCCUUUUCUUUCUCAGAAAAAGUGUGAGCGCUACUGGCCUUUGGCAGAGGAAACCUUGCAUUUUGGAUCCUUCUCUGUGGCACAGGUGAGGUUGUUACACAUGGACAGGAAGAAGCUGCCUGCGGAAGGAGGAGCCUGGUUCCUGGCAAGGGGAUGCUGGCACAGUUCUUCAUCAAUGCACAAGCACAGGCAUCUCCACUGCCAACCUAACCUGGAUUAAAGGCCAUUUCUUCUCACUAAGGAAGGGCUGGGAAUUGUCGUUAAGAACCUGAGAAUUGCCUUGUUAGAUCAGACCAAAGUCCCAUCUCAUCUAGCAUUCUGAUACCAGCAGUCGAAACCAAGCAGAUGCACCUGCUGGAAACACACAAGAAGAGUGCAAACAUGAUGCCCUCCCCUGUUGCAGGACUGGCUGACUAUCCUGCCAUUCUCAUGAUGUCAUUGGAUCCCAGUUCCCAUGAGCCCCAUCAGCAUGACUGAUGGCCAGGAAUGAUGGGAGUUGUAGUGCAGCGAUCCCUUAAGGGCCACGGGCUCACUAUAGCUGCCACAUAGUUUGUGCGCAGUCUCUGGCAAAAACAUUAGGUCCAGUCGUGACCGACUCUGGGGUUGUGGCGCUCAUCUCACUUUAUUGGCCCAGGGAGCCGGCGUACAGCUUCCGGGUUGUGUGGCCAGCAUGACUAAGCUGCUUCUGUCGAACCAGAGCAGCACACGGAAACGCCGUUUACCUUCCCGCCAGAGCGGUACCUAUUUAUCUACUUGCACUUUGACGUGCUUUCAAACUGCUAGGUUGGCAGGAGCAGGGACUGAGCAAUGGGAGCUCACCCCAUCGUGGGGAUUCGAACUGCCGACCUUCUGAUCGGCAAGUCCUAGGCUCUGUGGUUUAACCCACAGCGCCACCCGUGUCCCACAGUCUCUGGUACUUGGAGGUAUAUUGCUCUUAGAAAUUUUGCUCUCUUACCAGACGUAAUGUUAGCAGCUGGCACCCUUGGGCAAUUCCUGGGCCCUGGGCCCUUCCACACUGAGCAGCUGGAUCUUCAGGCUGACACCUAACAUUUCCCACCAUGUUCCCCACUGUUGCAUUGCUCCAGAGCACAGAGGGAAAUUUGAAAGAGCAGUUCAUGGCACACCCAUUCCUGCCACCCUCAGCCCACCAACAUGGAGGCUGGGGGCACCAAAUGGCCCUUUACAGGGGGCCCCUGAAACCUGGAACUAGCCCUGCUCAUCACAAAGAGAUACUGAAAGGCCUUUCUCCCUGGGAGUUAAUUCAUCUUUUUUUGAGAACCAGCUAAGUUACCUUUGCCAUUUCAUGUGUCAGCGAACUCCAUAAGCUGCAUCACAUGUGUGGCUACAAGGUGCUUCUUGGAUCCGUCCCAUACUUAAUUCCUGCCCAGUCAGGAAUUUGCCUGAUCCCAUGUCAAACCAUUAGUCCGUCUAACUCAAAAUGGGAUGUUUAGGGAAGUUUUUAAUGUCUGAAGUUUUAUUCUGUUUUUAAUGUUCUGUUGAAAGUUGCCCAGAGUGGCCUAGGAAACCCAACCAGAUGGGUGGGGUAGAAAUAAUAAAUUAUUAUUAUUAUUAUUAUUAUUAUUAUUAUUAUUGGUAGUAUUAGUAUUAUUAAAUUGCCUGCACUGACUCCAGGCUUUCAGAUGGGGCUCUUUCCCAGCCUUUACCUGCAGAUGCCUUGGAUUGAACCUGGGACCUUCUGCAGAAAGGCAUGGUCUCUGCCCCGAGACUUCAUCUGCAGUGAACUCCAUCCAUUGGCAAGAAUAUUGAGAAUUUGGUCAAAGUUCCCGAACCCUUUCACAAAAUGACAAUCGCCAGGGUUUAAGUUUGUCAGGAAGUCAUUUCUCAUGUCAAGCAAGCUAUCCCAUAAAGCAGAACUGUGAUGGUUAACAAAACACUGUCCAAUUGUACCUACAUUAGAGAUAAGGAACCUGUGGAUCUGCAGAUGUUGCUGAACUACAGUUCCCACCAUCCCUGAGCUUUGGCUACACUGACUGAGGCUGAUGGGAUUGAAGAGUUCUCUAUCUCUAGCCUAUAUUAUAGGUGGGCAGCGUAACUGAGCAAAUGAGAUGUCUCCCAUUUGGGGAGAUAAGAAUAUUUUGAACAAUGUGAUGGGCGGUUUUCUUGUCUCUUCCUCAGGUUAAAGAACAGGAACUCAAUCCAGAUGUCAUUCUGCGGAUGCUUACCCUGACCUUUCAGAAGGUAAAGCUACUCCAUGGCACUUAAUUGCUAGGCAAGGCCCACUGGAAUUGUGGGGCACACCCGAGUCCAGGUCUUGGGGCUGCACUUUAUGGCUCUGGGGCCUCAAGGUCAGCUGCAUGAGCUGGAAGCUGAAGGAGCAGCAAGUAGAAAGCACUGCUCUGUGGACCAGGCAGGAGCACAAGGCGGGGCUCUGAAUAUUUAUAGCAGGCUUCGUCCUGAUUGCCUGGAACCUUAUCAGGCUCUGCCCAGGCCCUAUCCCUACUAUGGUUGCUGGCAAAAUCAGCUUCUUUGCUGCUGAAUGAAGCACCAUUCCUUUUGACCACUGUUAAGAGACUGGUGUGCUCCACAAACAGGGGAGAGCGCUCAGAGAUCCAGGUCGGGAAAUGUCAGAGUGUUCCUUCCAGAUCCCUGCAGCAAUGGCACAUGAGAAAAGGAGCCCCUGCUGCAGUGCAGUCAUUUCAUCACCACCAUCAAAUUCCAAGGAGUUUGAGACCCACAAGGAAUCGUCCAGGGGCAGAUAAGGCCUGUGGGUUUAGGGUUUGCCACCGGUGCUGUAGACAGGCCUUCACAGGACCAGAGUUCCAGAGUUCCUUGGUUGAAGACAAACCAUUCAAUAGUCUUGAAGAAUGGGUUUUAAUUUGAGGUGGCAUCAGGUGCUUGCAUUAGCAAACAUAAACAUGUCAGAGGGUGCAAAUGGCUUUCCUCUCCUACCACCUGUUCUGUGUCAGCCCCAUUCAGACGUGGUGAUAUUGAUCUGUACCUCUCCCCUCCCCCCAGGAGGAGCGGGAGCUAUCCCAUUUCCAGUACGUGGCUUGGCCAGACCGGGGCAUCCCAGACACUUACGGCCACUUCCUUGGCAUGAUUGAGCAAGUGAGAAGCAAGCAGGGUGAGAGUACUGUGCCCAUCUGUGUGCAUUGCAGGUAAGGGGCAGCCCCAGGGCAAAGCCCUAUAGACAGACCACACCACAGUCAUGGGGUCAGAGGAUGGGUCCUCUUAGAGGAUCAGUACAGUGGUGCCCCGCAAGACGAAUGCCUCGCAAGACGAAAAACUCGCUAGACGAAAGGGUUUUCCGUUUUUGCGUUGCUUCGCUAGACGAAUUUCCCUAUGGGCUUGCUUCGCAAGACGAAAACGUCUUGCGCUUUUUUUUUAAAGCCGCUUGAAGAGGCGCAGUUGCGACGGACCGUGCUUCGCAAGACGAAAAACAUCGCAAGAUGAAAAGACUCGCGGAACGAAUUCUUUUCAUCUUGCGAGGCACCACUGUAACUGGUUAAAGGGAGCAAAGAGCAGGAACAAAUGGGCUGUCCCCACAAGUCACAAAGGAGAGAAGCACAGAGUCUCCCAAGGAUCUGCACUGAACUUGUUGUGCUUUAAGCCAUUCAUAAGUGAUCUGGAGUUAGAGGGGAGCAGUGAGGGGGCCAAGCUUGGGCACACGGCCAUAUUUUUAUUAUUAUUAUUGGUAUAAUAAAUUUUAUUACAAGUCCAAUAAAAGCCACAUUGUCACAUUACCAAAUUACAAUCCAAUUAAAAAGAAAGAGAGCCUAUUAUUCAAAAACUAAAUUAAUCAAUUUGAGAUGACUUCCCAUGUACUGGCUUUCUGGUUACAAAGUUCUUAUGUCUUCCUCCUUUAAUCUUGAUUAAUCCAAUAACAACAGUUCUGACCUUAAUCCUUUGUUGACAGCCACUUGUUUCUUGACUUCCAUUCGUAAUUGCAUAUUUAAUAACUUUUAUUUCUGCAAGCAGAAUUUAUAUCCAAUAAAUUUCCUGUGUGAUAUGUUAAUUCCAGUUGUUUCUUCAUUUUCCCUGCUUUAAUUCGAUCAUAAAAGGCACCUAUGCUUCCACAUUUUCGUUUUCACUUCUGUUCUCAGAAGCUGUUAUUUUCACUGCGUCACUGCACCAUCUUUGUUUGUCUGAGCGAAGGUCUGGCACUCCGCCAUAGCCCCAGGCAGAACUCCAACAUAUCCUUUCUCUUCCAAUACUUAGUUCUUAAUGAUCUGAUGUCCCGCCACUGCUCUGGUGGAUCAAGGAACCAUAAUCUUAACUGCAAUUCAGUGGAAGUUAGAAGCUUCAAUCGUAUCGACAUUCUCACGCAGUCCCAUUUCCAUUAAAAAAUCCAUAAAUAUUAUCUUAUUCUCUUUGAUUUCCUCUUGCUUUUUAUCAAUCCAUUGAUAUUCUGGGAAAGAGUUGCCGAAUCACUGAUGCAGCCAAACGUAAUAUAUAUUCAGAAAGGGUAAAGGCUCCCCUCCUCCAGUCAUACUUCACCUUGUUAUGAUGGAAAUCUUCCUCUCUCCAAUUCAGAUCGUUGUCGCUCAGUGGCUGAUUUAUUUAGCAGUUUAUCUUGUCUCCUUAGCCCAGUACAUGUCUGUAAAUUAGAUCCUAUUAAAAUUCCAAAGUACAGAAGAACUGCCAAUAAGCGAAGCGCAUUGCACCCAGCGCCUCCUGCCUCCAUCUGGAGUGAGAGCCGGGUAUCAGAAGAUCUGCAGGUGAAGCUCACCCCCUCCCCGGACAUGGGGGUGGGGAGCUUAUAAGGACAAUUGCCCUCGUUAUUCUUGUUUAUACAGUGGUACCUCGGGUUACAUAUGCUUCAAGUUAUAUACGCUUCAGGUUACAGACUCCGCUAACCCAGAAAUAGUGCUUCAGGUUAAGAACUUUGCUUCAGGAUAAGAACGGAAAUCUUGCUCCGGCGGCGCGGCAGCAGCAGGAGGCCCCAUUAGCUACAGUGGUGCUUCAGGUUAAGAACAGUUUCAGGUUAAGAACAGACCUCUGGAACGAAUUAAGUACUUAACCCGAGGUACCACUGUACUUCACCUGCCAGUCUCCGCUACUGCGAAGCUCUGCGCCCAUUUUGACAGGAAGCACCGGAAGUCCACACUGCCAUUAUAUUUAUGGGGAUGAACCAAGAAGAUUUUUCUGAAAGAAUUUCUUGAAACAAAAUGGCAAAGUGUUCUCAUUUGUAUUGCAAUUCCUGGCUGGAUGUGAUCUGAAAGAAGGUCUGUUAUUUUGCAGACCCUCUCUCACCCUCUUUCCUCCUCUGCAGUGCUGGCUGUGGCCGGACAGGUGUGAUCUGUACCCUGGAAUACAUACGGCAGCUGCUGCUGAAACAGGUAUUUCUAGGCAAGUCAGAUCUGAGGGAUGGAGGACUGAGGAAGCUGGGUGGAUUUGGUCCAAUAUUUCUGUCUGUUGGAACAACAAAUAUCGGAACGAUGUUUGACCAGACACUGUUGCUGUUUUCUUGUUUAAAGAGUGACUGUGUGUCUGGCUAUUUCUUGGCUGGGUGGGUGGAUAGGCAGACAAACGGACAGACAGAUGGAUAAAAUGUCAUGUAGACUUUGUUUUUUAAAAUGGUGUUUAAUUGAAAUAUGAUUAGAAUUUGAUUUUAAUAGAAUUUGCCCCUUCUUCCCCAAAAGAGAUGGAAUUCCUGAAGCAUCUCUGUUUGGAAUAUGUUCGGAAUAGAACCAGGUGUGACGAGUGCCUGGUCUGGCUUUGCCAGUGAGUGUGUGUUUUGUAGUGAACCUCUUGCUACAUCUGUGCAUUGCAUGCAACACUUUAAUUAAAUCUGUUUUCUAUAUAUGGCAGAACUCUGGACAUUGUUUAUUCAUUUAGAGCAUUUGAACCCUCCUCCUCAGCCAAAACGGCUCCUGAAACAGCUUACAUAUAAUCCAUGGAAACAAGACUGUCCCCUCCUAGGAACCAAUUCAGUUGUUCAUAAACUAGCUUAUCAGAAUAAGACUAUUACUUACAAGUAGUUUUGUUUUUACACUUGGAGGUGGGGAUAAGUGUUCAAAAAUAUAACCUUUCUCCAGCUGUCUGAGUUGACACAGUCCAUAACUUCAUAUAUAGCCUCCAUCUGUAUAUAAAAUGAGGAACAAAAAUGUCCCUUGGAGAGGACUAUUGUACUGCAGAGUCUCAGCUCCCACAACAAACAUCAAGAUACAGUACUUGGUUGAUCCCUGCAAAAUUCGCAUCUUCCCUUGCCUUCUGCUUCUUUGGGGAAGAUACCUCUUAUGAUACCCUCACAUAGCUCAGAGGAAAUAACAAAUGAAAUAGGGAGUAGUAAAGCAGAGUGGCAAAUGUGGGAACCCAAAUGAAGGUCCUUCAGUCAGAUAUCAUGCAGCCCUGUAUCAGGAAGUUUUUAAUGUCUGAUGUUUUACUGUAAGCCGCCCAGAGUUCCUGGGGAAACCCAGUCAGAUGGGUGGAAUAUAAACAAUAAAAUUAUUAUUAUUAUUAUUAUUAUUAUUAUUGUUAUUAUUAUUAUUGCCGACAUUUCCCCAGUUCUCCUCUACUUUUCAGAGAAUCCCCCCGCAUUUCAGUAUUUUUGAUGUUGUCCUAGAAAUGAGGAAGCAGAGACCAGCUGCUGUUCAGACCCAGGUGAGCCCCGCAGUCAUCGCUCCUGUCCACACCAAUACAUUUUGCUGCCCGAAGCAAAGAUGAUGUGUGUCCUCACAGAGUCCCCCAGCAUUCUAAGAUGGCUGGACUGGCAGCUGAAUCUGGCGAAGGGAAGGCACCAGUAGCUAGGCAGGGGUGAAUUGCCCUGGGUGGCGCUGGGGUUGCAGGGUACCCAAGCCACCACAUCGCUCCCGGUGCCCUCUAGCUGGAUGGCGCCCGGCAGGGACGCAGUCACUCUGGCAGCGCACCCCAUCCCACAGUGUGCCCUCCGCCAUUGCGCUGCGCAGGUGCCCACCUCAGGCACUGGUGGGGCUCACUCCAGCGCUAGACAGUGCCCCACACUGCACCAGGGGGCAGCAGACUAAUUUAGUGUACAGGCUCUUUAUCUUCAUAUCUUGGUAUUUGGUGUUCCUAAAGCAGGGGUCGCCUCGAGGGCUUCACCUGAUGUCCAAAAAGGCUUCUGAGCUCCCCUGAUGCUCUCACCACUUAAUCAUGAGGGGCUGAGGGUGGUUACCUUUUCUCCCUUGGAAAACCCACAGAGCUGAAGGAGGAAGUGGGAAGGCUGAUGUUUUUCCCACCUCCUCUUUGGGCUGCAUGGGCUUCUCAAGGCUCCAAUGAAUUCUUUGCGAUCCAAGUUUUGCCCAGUCCCUUGGAAAAGCAAAGUGAGUGCACACGUCCUCUCCUUCUGUCAGUUGUGGGUAAGCUUUUCUGGGAUUGUAGGAUGCGGGUGGCGCUGUGGGUUAAACCACAGAGCCUAGGGCUUACCGAUCUGAAGGUCUGCAGUUCGAAUCCCCGCAACGGGGUGAGCUCCCAUUGUUCGGUCUCUGCUCCUGCCAACCUAGCAUUUCGAAAGCACAUCAGAGUGCAAGUAGAUAAAUAGGUACUGCUACAGCGGGAAGGUAAACGGCGUUUCCAUGCACUGCUCUGGUUCGCCAGAAGCAGCUUAGUCAUGCUGGCCACGUGAUCCAGAAAAACUCUGUGGACAAACGCCAGCUCCCUCGGCCAAUAAAGCGAGAUGAGCGCUGCAACCCCAAAGUCGUCUGUGACUGGACCUAACGGUCAAGGGUCCCUUUACCCUUUACCUUUAGGACUAGAGAAGGCAUGGCACCCAUGGCACUUGCUCAAAAAUUCCGCUGUGUCCAUGGGCCUCAAAAAGUUGGUGACCGCUUCCCUCGAGUGUGGCCGAACCUUAAGGGCGUUUGGAGCUUCCCUUUAUAGAUCAACGUUCUCCUCUCAUAUCUCAUAUCUCCUCUUUUCUUGGCAGGAGCAGUACGAGUUUGUAUACCAUGCGGUCACUGAAAUGUUCCGGGCUGCCCUGAGUUUAUCUGACUCAAACUAUGAAAACGUCAAAGAAGUAAGAGACAAAUCCAAACUAAAAGCAACACUGGAGUUACUGGAACUUCCCACAUAGGGCAGCUUUUCCUCAUUCAUCUGUGAAAGUUGGCAGAAGAGGUGGGGGGUGUUGUAGUCCUCAGUGGAGAUCAACCCAUUGCAGUUUCUCCUUGGAUUGCUGUUUUGAUUGGGGAAUCUGAAAACAGACACUUCUAGCCCAUAGACCUCCAGUUUUUGAGGGGCAUAAAUUUCUUCAUGAGUUUUAAUCAAACUUGACCAAAUAUUUAGUUGAUCCUUCGAAGCCUUUCUGAGUUAUAUUUGUGAGCUGAAUUCAUAAAUGUCACAGCAGAUUCCUGAAGAUUGUACCUGCAGUUGUGGCUUUAGCUCUCAUAAUUUUGUUACUGCAAAUAUUUCAUUUUCUUCAAGGAACUCAGGGCAGCAUACAUGGUCUUCCACUGCCCCAUCCUGGCCCCUGCUUUAAGAGCGACUAUCCCAAGGUCACCCCGGGGGGUGGUGGUGUUAUACCUUCGUGUCCCAGGUCCACACUGGCUUUGAAUGCAUGUUAAGAAGAGGAAAAGGACUAAUAUUGGUUUCCCAGGACAACUGCAAUGCUAUCCCCUUCCUUUUUUGCAGUGGUUGGAAAACUGCAGUCCUCCAGAUGAACCUCAGCCAAUAUGGCCAGUGGGCAGGGAUGAUAGGAGUUGCAGGCUGCCUUCACACGGCAUGUUUAAAGCUCAUUUCUUCCCCAUUUUAAGAAUCCUGGCAAUGGAGGGAAAGAUACAGGCAGCUACUAUAAAAGCAAACCCAGCCAGCUGUCUUUCUCUCUGUCUGUCUCUGGCACACAAGUGCAAGUGCACACAUUCCCCUGCCGGGAAUCUGUGCUUUGAGGAGGUUCCUCUUUCAUAUUCACUUCCCCCCAAAAUGGCCUCUUAUCUUUCUGAUCUACUAACUGGGGAGUUCCAGCUGUGUAAGUCUGAUACCACAAGAAUCUGGAGGCUCUGUGGCUUUAGGUUACUUUCUGUGGGCUUGGGAGGGGCAAAAGUGACAGCAAAGUGAGUGAGAUAUGAUGGUGGCCCCAUGGGCAUAGGUAGGAUUUUUGUUAGGGGGGCAGAACCAAUGUGAUGGGUCAGUUAGUUAAGUAUUUCUAUUGUUUUACUCGUGCCCCCCCCCCCAGGUUACACCCAUGGGUGGCCCAGAGACUGGCAUUUGAAGGCCCCUCAGGCUCACAACUGGGCAGGGAGGCAAGAAUUAGCCCAUCAACUGCUUCAGACUUUUCAUAGCCAAGCUUCUCAGGGCUUGUCCACAUUUGAGCUGGAUCUUGCUUGGAGACGACAUUUUCUCCUUUUGAAUUUGGCUUCAUUAGACCAGUGCACCCGCCAGUGCCACAGCUAUUGGGGGGGGUUGGGGGGGGGUUUUGCUCUGGGUGAUGCCUCCCAAGGGGCACCAUUGAGGCUCCCAGCCUGUGUGUGUAUGCAAAUGCACAUGGGGUGCCAUUACUGGGUCUUUGACCCGAGUGGAAAAAAGCCUAGCUUCACCGCUACACACACAAACACACACACACUUCAACUGCAGUUGAAGAUCAAAACUGCUUGCUCCCAUUCACACCAGUAGGUGUUCCCUUUUUCCUUUCCCCAUCUUCCAGUUUGUUGAUUCACUUUUUAAAAUUCUGAACAAAUGGCAUGUGUGGAGAGAUCAGCUGAGCAGCAAACACUUUAAACAUAAUUGUCUGCCCAAUAAUUGCACAAUCCUUGUGGGAAUGUACACCUCAAUAAGGGGGGGGGGAUUAGUAGAGAGAGGAUUAGGUGGCGCACAUUGGAGCCAGAGGGGAAGAGAAGUGAAUGGGCAGCUGUAGUAAUGGGGAGGAGGAGGAAGGGGCCCCACUGAGAGGGCACCGUGGCUGAGGAAGCCUCUCCACCCCCCAACAAGCCCUGGAACUGCCACUGAAUGGGUGUAUCCCUCAAACACAAAAUCCCCAGCUAGAGGGGAAUACUGGAAGACUCAGGGCCGCCCCAGGAAACUGAAGGCUGACAAAGAAAGCCCUUCUUCACCCACUGCAUAGAAGGAGUGGUGGCCACUGGCUUGGAUGGCUUUAAAGGAGUAGACCAAUUCAUGGAGGAGAAGGCGAUCCAUGGCUACCAGCCGUGAUGGCUCUGUUCUGCCUCUGCUGUCUGUUCAGCCCCAGCUGCUGGGAAUCCCAAGUGGGGAGAGUGUUGUUGCACUCCAGUCCUGCAGGCAGGCUUCCCAUAAACAUCUGCCUGGACAAUGGGAGAGCAGAGCGAUGGACCUUUGGCUGGACCCAGCAGGACUCUUCUUCUAUGUAAGAAGGGUGGCAGGAAAACUACCCUUCCCAGCAAUCUUCCCAUCCCAGCCUUAUAGGCAGGUCAGUUAAGAUCUGUGUAUGAAGGCUGCUCCAGGGCCUUCUUCCAGUGUAGCGCUUCUUCCCCCACACCAGCCACACCUGGAUUCGGAAGAGACAGAAGUGUUUGUAAAUGAAAUAAACAAAAAUUAGCUUGUUUUCUCCAAGCAACUGAAAUCUGUGUUUGCUCUGGUGGGUUUGUCUUGCUACUAUAUAAAAACUAAGUCUUGUUUUUAUACAAUUAAACAAAUUCUUAAGCACAAACACAAACUUUUAUUUUACAUCAUCUGCAUUAAUAGGCACACUGACUCUGUUCCUAUUAAUUUCUGAAGGUGUGAGCAGCUUGGCAAGGGAGCAGGGAAAGCUCCUUUCUGUGUGACUAGGCAGUCUUGACAAGGUUGUAUAGCAGCCGUCCUAAGUUCUGGAACACAUAGGAGGUAUAAGUGAUGUUGCAAUAGCAGUGAAAAACAAAGAGCUAAUUUUAAAAAUAAAUGAAUGCUCACAUGAAUGCAGGAGUAGCUGGCCAUGCAGGCGGGGGCUGAUGGGAAUUGUAGCCCCACAACCUCUGAAGGGUAUCCCGUUGGCUACUGUAUAUUGAAUGUGUGUGUGCCACCCUCUCAGAAGCACGCAGACGUGGCUUCCUGCAAACUUCCUGCUGUAGGAUGUUCAAACAGCUGUGUUGGCCUAAAUCGUCCCUUACUUCCUUUCUGUUCUUCCGGAUUUUGACACAGAACCGUCUUCCCCUCUAUGACGACGCCCUCUCCCUCCGACACCUGGCUGUGGCCCCGCUCAAACGAAGCACCGUCCUCCACCGGUAAGGAAGGCUGAGAGAGGGAGCCUUGGAAACGGCAGCCCAGCUGUCUUGGUUUGGCAGGAAAGCAGAGCCAUGUUUUGCAGAGGCACCCGAGAUGGAGUUCUUCUCUGGGGAGGCCCAGCUGGUGCAGACUUUGGGCUGCCUUAGGAAAGGGGUCAGGACCCUCCACAUUGUACAACAUGGUUCUUUUCCCCCCAAACCGGGUGUUGGUUAUACAUUUUCAUAUUUUAAGAUGGUAGAUGUGAUUAUUGAUUAUUCGGUUGCCUGGUUUUAUGCUUUGAAUGUUUAUGUGGAGCUGUAGCUCAUUUUGGGUUUAUUCAGUGGAGAAUGGCAGACACUAGUAUAUGGGUAUUAUUAUAUAUAAUAAAAAAUACGGACUGUAUUACAGCAGCUGUGAGCGCAUCUCUCUGACCUUGGUACUCACUAUUUUGACAUCCUUCAAAUCACAAAGCUCAGGCUUGGACAUGUCAGAGGGGCAUAUGAAAACCAUCACUUGGGUGAAGAAGUAAAGCCCUGCCUCCUUCUCAUCCAUCAAGCCUUCCUCAAGACAUACCUUUCCAACUGCAGCUUUCAGAUUACCUCUCCUCCCCUUAAUGCCUUAUCUACUGCAGUCUGCCUUCCACCAAUCAGUCUAGGGACUUGGCUCGAGAAGCUUCCAGGCAGCCAGCUGAGAAGCACAAAACAGAGGCCUGGAAGCAGAGGCAGAGCAUGGCUUGGGGCUGGAAGGCACGAACAAAGAACCCCAGCUUCACAGCUCUGUGAUAUAAGGAAGGAGCAGCAACUGCAUGCAGUUCUUCACUAGGAAGGAGGAGAGAGAAACCCACAAAGCUCUGUGUGACCACAGCUCUAAUAAUAAAAAUAAUAAUAAUAAUAAUAAUUUAUUUAUACCCCGCCCAUCUGGCUGGGCUUCCCCAGCCACUCUGGGCGGCUUCCAAAAGAAUAUUAAAAUACUGUGAUACAUCAAACAUUAAAAACUUCCCUAAACAGGGCUGCCUUCAGAUGUCUUCAAAAAGUCUGGUAGUUGUUGUUCUCUUUAACAUCUGGUGGGAGGGCGUUCCACAAGGAGGGCGCCACUACCGAGAAGGCCCUCUGCCUGGUUCCCUGUAACUUGGCUUCUCGCAGUGAGGGAACCGCCAGAAGGCCCUCGGUGCUGGACCUCAGUGUCCGGGUAGAACGAUGGGGGUGGAGACGCUCCUUCAGAUAUACUGGACCGAGGCCGUUAAGGGCUUUAAAGGUCAGCACCAACACUUUGAAUUGUGCUCGGAAACGUACUGGGAGCCAAUGUAGGUCUUUCAAGACCGGUGUUAUAUGGUCUCAGCGGCCGCUCCCAGUCACCAGUCUGGCUGCUGCAUUCUGGAUUAGUUGUAGUUUCCGGGUCACCUUCAAAGGUAGCCCCACGUAGAGCGCAUUGCAGUAGUCCAAGCGGGAGAUAGCCAGAGCAUGCACCACUCUGGCGAGGCAGUCUGCAGGCAGAUAGGGUCUCAGCCUGUGUACCAGAUGGAGCUGGUACACAGCUGCCCUGGACACAGAAUAGACCUGUGCCUCCAUGGACAGCUGUGAGUCCAAAAUGACUCCCAGGCUGUGCACCUGGUCCUUCAGUUACCCCAUUCAGGACCAGGGAAUCCUCCACACCUACCCGCCUCCUGUCCCCCAAAAACAGUACUUCUGUCUUGUCAGGAUUCAGUCUCAAUCUGAGAGCCGCCAUCCAUCCUCCAACCGCCUCCAGACACUCACACAGGACCGUCACUGCCUUCACUGGUUCUGAUUUGAAAGAGAGGUAGAGCUGGGUAUCAUCCGCAUACUGAUGAACACCCAGCCCAAACCCCCUGAUGAUCUCUCCCAGCGGCUGCAUGUAGUUGUUGAAAAGCAUGGGGGAGAGGACAGAACCCUGAGGCACCCCACAAGUGAGAGCCCAGGGGUCUGAACACUCAUAACCCCCCCCCCACUUUCUGAACAUGGCCCAGGAGGAAGGAGCGGAACCACCGUUUGACAGUGCCCCCAGCUCCCAGCCCCUCAAGACGGUCCAGAAGGAUGUUAUGGUCGAUGGUAUCAAACACCGCUGAGAGAUCCAGCAGAAAUAGGAAACAGCUUUCACCUUUGUCCCUAGCCUGCCGGAGAUCAUCAACCAGUGCGACCAAGGCAGUUUCAGUCCCGUGAUGAGGCCUGAAUCCCGACUGGAAGGGAUCCAAAUGGUCCGCUUCUUCCAGGCGUGCCUGGAGUUGUUCAGCAACCACUCGCUCAAUCACCUUGCCCAAGAAUGGAAGAUUGGAGACUGGGCGAUAGUUGGCCAUCGUGGCUGCAUCUAAAGAUGGUUUUUUAAGAAGUGGUUUAAUAACCGCCUCUUUCAGCGGGUCUGGGAAGGCUCCCUCCCGGAGGGAAGCAUUCACCACCCCACGAAGCCCAUCGCCCAGCCCUUCCCGGCUAGCUUUUAUAAGCCAGGAUGGGCAAGGAUCAAGGAGACAGGUGGUUGGUUUCACUCGUCCAAGCAGCCUGUCCACAUCCUCGGAGGUAACAGAUUGGAAUUGACUUUUGCAAUUUGACUAGACAGGAUUCUAGCACUCUCCCGCCCCGGCCCUGCUCCCACGGUGGCGUCUACCUCUUUCCGAAUCUGAGCAACUUUAUCUGCAAAAAACUUUGCAAAAUCAUUGCAGGAGAUCAUGUGGCCCGUACUGGGCCCUGAUGUAACAGGUGGUUCCGCUAAAUUGCGAACCACCUGAAAAAGUCUCCUGCUGCUGUUUUCUGCAGAUGCAAUGGAGGCGGUGAAGAAAGUCAAAAUGGAGAGGAGGGCAGGGGGUUCCUCUGGAAAAAUCCUAGGCUGGGCUACAGCUGAGAAGUAAAAUUACCGCAAACUCUUCCUCAUGCAUAAGAUUUCUUAAAGCAAUUAUUGUUCCUAAAUUGUUUUAUACUCCUCUGCAGAGGAAAUAACCAAAAGAAAUCACUUGAGAAAAUGUACAUGUACAUUUUGUGCAUUACAAAUAUGCAUCCUUUAAAAAUAUAUAUACCAGUAACUUCAGUAGCCUGACUCAUAAACUCUUAUCCCAAGAGAGGUCCCUUCGCCUUUUGUGGAGAUUUCACAUAAACCUCUGUGUUCCCUGAUCCAGGAGCAUCUCGGUGCCAGUUGACCCUCAGCCCACAUCAGCGCCAGAACAACCACCCAAGCUCAUCAGGGACAUGGGUGAUACCUAUGCGGUUGUGAACAAGCUCCGGCGAAGUGGACUGGGUGCUUCUCCUCCUCCUCCUGCUCCAGGCAACGAGGCCCCGCUUAGUGGAGAGGGACCCCUUUAUGCCGCAGUGAAGCCUCGGAUGAGCAAUGUGCCCGACACCUUGGCAAUUGACCCCAGUGCCUUUGUAGGAGUGCAAGCCAGUCACUCGCUGCCUGGAAGCCCCAUCCACCGGCCAGCUUCCGCGGCAACCUGCGAAUACGCCCAAAUUAACCCAGGUGAUGUGAAGUAAUAGUUUGUGUGCACUUAAGAAUUUGUAUAACUGUAUAACAAUAAGACUUAACAUUUAUGCAGUAGUUUUAAGUGCUCCAGUUCUUUUAUAGUAAUAAUAAUUUUAUUAUUUAUAUCCUGCCCAUCUGACUGGGUUUUCCCAGCCACUCUGGGCAGCUCCCAGCAGAAUAGUAAAAACACAAUAGAACAUCAAAGAUUUAAAACUUCCCUAAACAUUAUCUCAGUAACCCUAACAUCAGGCCUGCAAGAUAUGGCAGGUCAGCGUUAUCAUCUCAUGUUGCAGACAUGGGGGAAGGGAUGCCAGAGCACACCUACUUGACAAAAAGGGUCACCUGGAACUGGUGGUGACACUUGCUGUUGAGCCAACGUGCACAGGCUGUUAUCUAGCUAAUGACAGAAGAGACAUUUGAACUAAGGAUGUCCCUGGAUCAUAGCACAUUUUCUUAAAAUACCGUGCUAAACUAGCUCUGUGAAUAUCAUAUGAUUUCAAUGCAAGUAAACAAGAUUCUAGUCAUCAUGACAAAUUUGGAUUUGGGGGUAUUUCAUGGGGUUUUUCUUUGGGUGUACAGAACCCAAGCAAAUUCAAAUUGGAAUUCACAAAGGCUGCAAACAUAGAUUAGAUGUAACUAAUAAAAUCCAUAGUAAAACAUUAAAGGCUGCAAAUAUCAUUCUUCAGUCAUUUUUCCUGGAUUGUUUUAUUUAAUAUUUUAACGUGUUGUAAUCCACUUUGAUUUUUUCCCCUUAAGAAUAUAAAGUGGUAUAGAAAUAGAAAUACAAUAAUAUAAUCUUUAUUGCGGCCCAACGACCCAUAACAUGGAUUCAGAAUAAAAUACAGAUUCAUACAAACAACCCCCCAGGGAAGGGAGACCGAAGCGCUAUUUGUUUAGUCAUGGAUAUGUUGAUCUGGCUUUGGUGAAAAGACGCCAAUAUGUUGGUACAGACAAAUUUCUAAGAUAUGCAGGCGUCUGAAACUCGAACCCAUAGUGAAUUCCUACUGCUAAUGGGCCACAGAUAACAUGAGACUGAGAUCGGAGAUCACUAUGUGAUAUGUUCCAGAGGCUUUGCCUCAGAGAUUCAAGGGUGGUAUCAUAGCCCAGAUGGUACAGGAGAGAAGGUGGCCUACCAAGCCAAGUGGCUUUUCUAACCAUCAUUUUCAUCUAUGAGCUGGCAAACUCCUCGUUGUUUAGGUAUGGAACCCCUUCCCUAGGCCAAAGACUGAGAUCUUGAGCCAGUAUCUCGGGGCAGCCCACCAUGCUUUACUUGAUAGAAGACAUUCAUCUGUUUCUAAAAAUAGUAUUGCCUUUGGAACACAAUUUGGAACUUGUAGGAGGGACCGGAGAAACUUUGCCUGGAAGUCAUCAAACCUGGAGAAUGAGCCAUUGAACCAGAUGUUUGAGGCCUAGAGGAGUUGAGAGACAGAUUUUGCAUUAAAUACCUUAAUGGCUGAUGGAACAUAAUGGCCUCCCCUUGUAUAAAAGAAUUGAAGUAUAGCCAGUUUGCUUACCUCCGCCUUUUGAUAGGCAGUUUGCCAAUGAUGUUUCCAGGACUUGGAAUGAUGGAACAGAAGCCCUAGGUACCGGAAGAAUUUGGUCUGCUCUAGUUUGUGACCGUCCAGUACCCAUUUACUCAGGGACAAUCUCUUCUCAAACACCAGGACUUUUGAUUUUUCAUAAUUGAUGGAUUAUUACCAGAGCAGUAGUCUCAGAAUUUCCUUAGCUGGUAGUUCAGGCCAGGUCUGGUUUGGGAGAAGAUGGCCGUGUCAUCCGCAUACAGCAAGAAAGGGGUCUUUCUUGUCCCUAUUUUUGGAAGAUGCCCAUCAGGGUCCAUUAAGCUUGCCUCGAAGUCAUUCAAAAACAAACUGAACAUCUUAUAAACUGUUUAUAAGAAGUAAAUAAGGAGGCCAGAUACAGGAUAAAGGAAGUAUUUUUUUUGGUUGUUUGUAUUGUUGUAUGUUAUGCUCACUGUAUGUUAUGUUCACGUUUAAUGAGGUGGAUUUGUGUAUUGGGGCAUGGGGGUUUGUGUUAUGUUGUAAAUAAAAUUCCAAUAGAAAUUUAAAUUAAAAACAAACAAACAACAAACUGAACAAGGUAGGCGUCAAAAUGCAUCCCUGUCUCACUCCCCUGGCCAUCUCAAUACAGUCUGAGAGCUGGCCCUGCAACCCACACCUAACCUGCAAAUUGCUUCCACUGUGCAGGGCUUUAGUAAGAUAUAGGAGACGUUUAUCCUUCAGUACUAGAUGUAAUUUGGACCAUAGUUGGAAUCCAGGGAUGGAGUCUAAGGCAGAUUUCAGGUCCAUAAAGGCCACAAAGAGUUUUCCCUGUAGAGGUCUGGUGUACUUCUCGGCUAGGAGGGACAGCGUUAGACAGUGGUCUGAUGUUGAGUGUUUUCGCGGAAAGCUGCCCGAGCUUCAGAUAUAUUUAUAGUCAUUUAGAAAAGUUGUCAGUUUGUUACAAAGAAAGCGGGCAUACAGCUUUUCUAUAAUUGAAAGCAGACUGACUAGCCUAUAAUUAGAAGGCAUGUUUGGCUGGCCUCUCUUAAAGAUUGAAACUACUAUUGCAUGUUUCUAGCUAGAUGGUACUUUGCUUGAGUUAUUUACUAUCAUAAAAAGUGCCGCCAGAAGAGGAGCCCACCAGUGCUAAUUUGAUAUGAUCAAUUCAGCUGGGAUAAAGUCAUUUCCUGGGGCCUUACCACUCUUAAGGUUCCCAAUUAAUGUAUAGACUUCUUCCACUGUAACUGGGCUCCAUUGUGGGAGCAGUGACAGUUCUGCUGAAACUUCAUCAAAAAAACUGGCGGGGAGAUUUGAAUUUUCCGUGAAUAUAUUUCUAAAAUGGUUCUCCCAUACCUGAGCUGGAAUGGCACAGCUGGGGGCUGGAGAGCUAUUGCUCAGGAAGCCAGAGGCCAGUUGCCAGAAGAGUUUUGUUUCGUUGUUUAGCGAGGCAUUCAGGAACAGAGGCCAGGAGUUUUGUUCAGACUGCCUUUCUUUUUGAAGCCAAAAGGGCUUUGUACUCUUUUUAAAUUUUGAAAUAAGUUGGGGGUAAAUAGUUUAGGCCAGUGUUUCUAUAGGCCAGUGUUUCUUCUUUGUGCGGCACUCUUGGUCGAACCAUCUACACCCUUUAGCAAUGCGGGGCUUGCUGGCUGGGUUUAUGUUAACAGAGACCACAUCCUGCAAGAACUCAAUGAGAUUAUCGUAAGUUGUCAGGGAGGAAUCUGUUGAUAGGUCAUUGAUUAUACAGUGGUACCUCUGGAUACGAACGGGAUCCAUUCCAGAGCCCCGUUCGCAUCCUGAAGCAAACGCAACCUGUGUCCGCGCAUGCACGAGUUGCGAUUCACCGCUUCUGCGCAUGCACGUGAUGUCAUUUUGACCAUCUGCUCAUGCGUGAGUGGCGAAACCCGGAAGUAACGCGGAGCACAACCCAAAAGCACUCGACAUGAAGCAACUUCAACCCGAGGUAUGACUGUAGUUGAUAGCAGAAAUAUAGUUGUACCUCAUAAGUCGAACGGAAUCCAUUCUGGCUCCUGCAGCCAAAAAGAAGCCGCGUCAGACGUCCAGGUUCCAAAGAAUGUUCCCAAACCGGAACACUCACUUCCGGGUUUGCAGCAUUCGGGAGCCGAUUUUUUUGACAACUAAGCCAUUCAACAACCAAGGUAUGACUGUAAUAAUACUAAUACUAAUAUCAUAAUCCCGAGGAAAAGUUUAGGUCCCUCUGACCUGUCGUGGUUACAGCAAAGGGAGUACAGAUAGCACCUAUCGGGAAUAACCUUUUCUUUGUCUGAUCUCUUCUCUCUGCUACAGGCGAUUCCAAUCCCAGAGUCACCUCCUCCUCUCACAUCAAUGGAUUAGGGAAAAAGCCCCUGAGGAACCUGCUGCCCACAGUAUGUUCUCUGCACGGUGUUUCCCAGCCACAUUUCUAUGUCACAGGACCGGGAUAAGCCUCCGACAAAAACUGUAGACCAGAAGGGAUGGGGAGCCUGUAGCCCUUCAGAUCUUCUUCAACUCCCACUGCCCCCUCCCCGACCAUUGAUCCUGCUGGCUGGGGAGGAGUUCAACAGCAUAUUGGAAGGGCCACAGAGUCCCCCAGCCCUGAUUCAGAUUGGUUUUUAGGGUGUGUUUGGCUUUACUAGACCUGGCCUCCAGGGUGCCAACUUGAAUAAAAUAUGGGGGGAGGCAGGUAAGAGCCCCCCCCACAUAAUCAAUCCCAAUACUUGUUGCCUGCACACGAUUUGAAUGGCAAUGCCAACCCACUUGGAGGGGGAGCUGGCAUCCUCAAAUAUUUUUUUGGGGGGAGGGACUUUGGCCCCUAGGAGUUGGCUCCUAUGCCUGGGCUCAAGUUCCUCUUCUACAAUGUAUUUGUUGUUUAGCUUUGGAUAAGUUGCCUCAGCCUUGAUUUUCCCAUCUGUAGAAUUGGAAAAUUAGUGAACAACUACUGACAAUGUGAACCUGAUAUUUCAAAACACUUUGCAAGUUAAUAGUACACUGUGUGGGGAUGAUUAGGGAGGCAGGAGAGGAUAUAUUAUUUUAUGAUAUCUUUCCUAACUUGCGCUAGCACGUUCCAUAUUCUAGCAGUUCCAAACAUCCCCCUUUUUAAAUUAUGCAGCAAUCAGCUUGUUGCUAACUCAUCUGAGUCUUACUAUUAAAGAUUCCUUCCUGAUAAAAUCCCUUCUAAUCCCUCUUAAAAAGAAUAAACACAAGACUCUGAUUAACAUUAAUAUAAAAGUAGCUCUUUUUUUUUUUAAAUGAUAUUUAUUAAAGAUACAUGAAAGUACAGAAUAAAGAAAAAGUAGCUUACUCACAGAUUCAUUCAGGUUCACAGACAUAUCCCUGAAGGCAGACUUAGGUUACAUAACAACUAGAACUAUUCCAUAAAGAAGUUAGUCCCAAGUGACUGCGACUAAGCAGUCACUUCUCCAAACACACACUGAUCCGAACAUGGAGGCCGUGGGCUCCUCCAUGCCAGUACAACAGACCGCACCUUCUUCAAGUCUGUCCCAGCUCAGGAGGAAAUGGGAAGUCUUCUCCCGAGUGGGACAAAACAUCCCCUAACGUGUCCACUGUAGGAAUGUUGUACUUGACUGCAGCUUUAUAUCCCACACACUGGAGCAUGAAACAUGUUAGGCAUCCCUAGGAAUAUGGAGGCAGUAGCAAAGGGAGGUUCAAGCCCCCUCCAUUUUAGUGUGUGUGUUAUGAUUGAGUCAAAAGGGGGAAAGUAAAUCCAUCAUUCCCCGCUCCCAGCUGUGCAGCUUAGUAAAGUCAGGGCUGGAGGAACAAACUGGAGAAAACUUGGCACUGAAUGUAAAAAAACCAGAUUCCUAAGAACCUUGGCUUUCACUUUAUAAAACACACAUAAACAAACACCAAGUUUGGGACUGAAGAUGUGCUUGAAAAUGUGCAGGCAAUAUUUAGUGAAGCCUCACAAGGAAUUGCAUCUUUUGAAUAUGAUUUUCCAUAGUAAGCACGACUUCAGGAGGAUACAAAAUGACCAAAAUGUACAUAAAAAGUUAUGCAAAUAAGAAAUUAUUCACAUGUGCUUGGCAUCCUUAAUUUAUAGAAGCAGGGAGAAUUCAAUUUCCUUUGUAGCAAAAUGGGUCUUCCCUUGGCUCAAAUGUUUGGGCUGUUUCUCUUAGGUACACAACAGACAAAACCCUAAACAUAAAUAUGCUAGAAGUCAAGGAGGCAAAGUCCUCUGUUCUUACUCUGCAGCAGCAGCGGCAGGAGGAGCAGGAGCAGGAGCGGCUAUGUUGCUGACACACCAGAAGUCACUCCUGGUUCCUGAGAGGAGGAGCAAAGCAGCAGGGAGCUUGGUAUAGCCCAUGUGGCCCAGCAGAGCCCAUCUGAUGUUCCCACCACCUCACUUGCACCAAGCCCCCCCCCCCGCUCCUCUGCACUUGGUGUUGGAAAACCAGCCUAGCAACCCUGCCCACUAAGGCUCACUCCAUCUGUGUAUAGCGAUAUAAUUUUAUUUCCCCCUAGAUCUAACCAUAGUGCUGCUUGUUUUAAGAAUAAGAGUGAGAACUCUUCCCUUCUUGUCUUGCCCCAGGUCAUCUACAGGCAGCUGUUUCAUCACCGGAUGAAACAAUGUUUUUAUAAUGCUUUUCUUUUGGAUGAGCUUACUACCCUGGGCUCCUUCAAAAGCAAGGGCGGAAUAUACAUUUAAUAAGGGAAUCAAUAAAAUGCAUCUUUGUGACUCUCUCAUUCGCCAAGGGCAGUGCUAGAAUGAAGUGUGUUUGAGCAGUGCAGAAAUGUUUUAUUUCACAGAAUCAUAGAGUUGGAAGGGACCCCAAGGGUCAAGCCCCUGCAAUGCAGGAAUCCCAGCUAAGGCAUCCAUGAGAGAUUUCUUCUUCAAAUACUUCUUUUCUUCCCUUGCUCUAGGUUUUUAGUUCAUCACCUGGGAAGAAAGGUAAGAAGCAAAAUACUUUCGAAUGGUGAUGGGGAACAUGGAUGGUGUUUGACUACAACUCCCAUCAUCCCUGACCAUGGUGGGUGGAGCUGAUGGGAGUCCAAAAACAUCUACAGUACAGGGACUUCUACUUUUAACAAUGUGGAAAGAGAUGGGAGAUAAUGGGUUUUUGCCUCUUUUACAUUGUGCUAGAACAGGGGAUCAUCAAAUGUUGGUUGGCCACUGUGAGAACAGGAUGCUGGGCUAUGGUGGACCUGUGGUCCGAUCCACUGGGACUCUUGCUGUGUUCUUUCUAAACUAGGGUUAGGCCAAGCUCAGAGAGAGUUACACAUAACAGAUUAGCUGGAUCCUCUUCAAAUGGCUUACGACUCAUUUCUGAGAGCGACUGCCUUCCAAGAGAUGGAAAGGAAAGGGUGUAUUCACUGCAGCAGUGGGGAACCUAGGCCCUCCAGAUGUUGGUGACAGACAACAUCCAUCAACCCUAGCAAGCAGUCAAUGGACAAGGAUAAUGGGAGUUGUAGUUCAGCAACAACUGGAGGGUUAAAGUUUCGGCCUUAUUAGUUUCCCACAACCUCCUGGAAGCUGUUGCUACCUUCUACAAGGUCUCCUUCCGAGUUGCCAUACUGGAGUGCUAGUUUGUCACGAUCCUAGUCGUUCCAGGAUGACAAAUCUCAGAAAGUGGUGCUGGAAAGUUGUGGGUCUUCCUUGUGGUCUGCAAGGCUCAGCUGGCACUCUUCUUUCAGCCCGCUUUUCACAAGACAUGAACAUCCCUAUAUUCUAGCUUCCUAGAUGAUGUUUGCCCCAGUGUUUGUUACAGGCAAGCUGAUGUGAGAAUUGGCAUCCUCUCAUUUUUUUUACUAGCCCCACCAUCACCACGGACUGCCCCCACCCAAGAAUAUGAAGAUGUGGGCAACAUCAGUCCCAGGAGUAGCCCAAAUGCGGUGGUAUCUUCUGCCAAUGGAAUGGGUAAGUAAGGGGACCUUUAGGCAAAAGGUCAUGAUAGUGCUGUAGGGUGCAUUCGUGUGGAAACUGAGGGGGCGGAGAGGGCCAGGUUCCUACCCAAAUCUCUCUCUCAAACACACACACACACACACACACACACACACACACACACACACAGUGGUUCACACACACCUGUGUAGAUUUCAAUAUACUUACUAGGGUCUACUGCCACUGCUUGCUUCACUGAUCAACCCCACCUCUCUGCCACCACCUUUGCCAACUACCUCCCCCCCACAUGACGACACCCACCUUCCUUUUUUCACACUGGAGCUGGUGCAGCUGCCUAGUGGCAGACACAUGAACUGCAGCAUAAUGACAGCCUUACAUUUUUAUGGGUACAGCAAGAUAUACAAACACCUCCAACAUAAUCCACGUUAGGAGGAAAGGAGAGUGAGGUUGUUAAAGAUAGCUCAAGAGGACUGCAUGAUUCUCCACAUCCUGUCAUGUGUUAAAAUUAAAAUACACAAAGGGCCAAUUGCCAUCAGAGAUGUGAAGGGGAGGGAAUCAUAAAACAAAUAGAACAAACCUCUCAGUGCUUUGUCCAUCUCCUCUUGCCCCUCCAGGGUUUAACUUCCGCAUCGGGAAGCCCAAGGGACCAAGAGACCCUCCUGCUGAAUGGAGUCGCAUCUAGGCAGCAUGACAGAGAGACAAGGACACUGCUUCUGCCAUUGAGCAAUACAGAUCGGGUCCAAUACUGCUGCCUGCUCACUUCCUUAGGGAAUAACUGUAAAAAUAAUAACCACCAGCAAAUUGUGCCUCUGGGGCCAUGGACCAAAAGGCAGCAGCAGUUGCAUGCACUAUACUCCAGGACUUUUCUACCAGAAGAGAAGGAUAUGGACGUGCUCGAAAUGUUGGGAUCCACCAGCUAAGGAAUGUGUGAACCUGGCAGCCACCUUCUCUUCACCAGCUUCUUGAGCGGCUCUUAGUUGGCCAGGGCAGUUUUGCCCGCCAAAAUUUAAAGCCUGGUACCCCAUGCCAGGAACCAUCAACACAGCACAUCCCUCCUCCCAUUAAACAAUAUUUGCUAAUUUGUGAAUUGCGCUUUUAUCAACAGCCACUGGAGCAAAUCCAUUCCACUCAGGAGUCUGCCUGAUUGCCCCAUCUUAUGUCAAUUUACAUUUCUCCUCUUACUUACUACAGUCAUUUCUGCAACCUAGUCUAUGGAAUGGGAAGGAAUGGAAGGAAGACAUUUGGUGGCUUAGGGAUUCUUGGUCUUCUCCCAUCUGGAGGGGGUAAAAUCAAGGCCUGGCACCAGCACUUCAAAUUAGCUCAUUGGGUUAGGGAACCCCCCCCCCCCACCGCUGGGUGUUCCAAUUGCAACAUAUUACUUCUCACAUGCAGAAUACUUUUGUCAAAAGAUUGCACUCAUGAGGCUGGGGAGAAUGAGGAAGGAAGAUGGAGCUCCUCCCUUGCACCAGUUACUGUCCUUGUUUUGGUUUUUUUUCUUUUUAGUCUGAAUGUUCAAUUGCUCUGCUCUUUCCAAAUCUCUUGCUGGAGAACUAGAAGCUUCCUGGAUGUCUGACUUUCCUGGAAAGUAAACACACAAGAGCUCUGAUCUACCCAGGCUUUGGGAUGCUCACAUCCAUGCCACUUUGGAGUCCAUGUAGGCAGUGCUAGAUGCCCUAUGGCAGGUAUGUCCAACAGGUUGAUCGUGAUCUACUGGUAGAUCCCUGUGAGGUUUUGGUAGAUUGCGGCCGAUCUCUGGCUCCCUUUCCUUAGUGUCGCUAAAACUGACUCCUGCUUCGCCCUCCAUUGUUGUUUGAUCUCUGGAAGGGAAGACGGAGCUUUCUCUGUGCUGCUGUUUUCAUCCAUAGCGAUCUUCUUGUGAGUGAGUUUACCCCUUUGUCCCUU